GCCUUUUCCUGCCUGACUGUUUCAAUAUGGCGGGCGGUGAGAGGGAGACUGAACCGUCUGGUGAUAACAUUGUGUCCAAGGCCUCCCAGCUGGCUGAUAAACAUUUAUAUUUAGUCCGGGUAGGGAGCUACAGCUUCUUUCUGUACGAGGGUAGGAUGUACCAAUGUAAAUGUGAUUAGUAUUCAGACACAGGCAUGGCCAAUCAAUCCAGUGCAGCAGCCCCACUCCCAUCACUCUCUGCCAGAGUGGCUGGCUCACAGGCCAAUAUUUUUGCUUAAAUUUUGCGAUUUGGAUCUAAAACGUUUAACAUUUUAAUUCUGGUGAAUGACCCUGUUUUAAUUUCAGGGAAUUCAUAUUUCAGCAGGUAACCUUGUCAUACUUUAAUCCAGUCACAAAAGGCAUGUAGAUUAAAUAAAAACAAAAAUUUGUAGAAUAUACGUUUCCUAAUCAAAUUUUGCAACUUUACAUUGCAUUUUGUUAUUUCGUGAAUAAAUCUCACUGUAUGAAUUGUUGAGAAUUUGAUGUUUUAAAGGACCACUAUAGUGCCAAGAAAACAAACUUGUUUUCCUGGCACUAUAGUGUUAACAGGUCCCCCACCCUCAUGGCCCCCCACCCGCCGGGCUCUAGGGGGAGGAAGGGGUUAAAGGCUUACCUUUCUCCAGCGCCGGGCUCCCUCGGUGCUGGGGACAUUCCUCCGUCUUCCGCCGAAUACGCAUGCGUGGCAAGAGCCGCGCGUAUUCAGUCAGUCCACAGGAAAGCAUUCUCAAUGCUUUCCUAUGGACGCUGGCGUCUUCUCACUGUGAAAAUCAGUCGGAAGCGCCUCUAGCGGCUGUCAAUGAGACAGCCAAUAGAGGCUGGAUUAACCCUAAUGUAAACAUAGCAGUUUCUAUGUUUACAGCAGGCAGGGUUAACCCUAGCUGGACCUGGCACCCAGACCACUUCAUUGAGCUGAAUUGGUCUGGGUGCCUAAAGUGGUCCUCUAAAGAAACACUCCAAGCACCAUAACCACUAUGGCUUUCUUUAGUAUAUAUGCAUACACUGCAACAUACAUAAAUGUUUACACAGAUACACUCACACAAAAACAAUGGAGAGGCCACUAGAAUUUUAGGUGCAAAUCUCCAAGGUCUCCUUCUAAUCACAUGCAGUAAAAAAACAAUAAGGAGGCGGGACACGAUUGUCAGAGGCGUGCGUGAUGACGUGACGUGCACAGUGUCAGGAAAGUGACAGGGAUCCAAUACGCAGAGUGCGCACAGAAUGAGGUACGUAUACCGGACCUUAGAAUGGCCGGACUAACGUAAGGACAAAGCAAGAAUAGUCAAAAGGUAAGCCGAGGUCAAGGGAGCCGGAGGACAGGUAAGCGAGAUACAAGCCGAGUCAAAGGAGAGGAGAGGACAACAGGACAAAAGACAAGCAAGGGUCAAAACCGGAAACACAAGAUAAAGAACGCGCUGAGUGACUAGCAAGCUAGAACCACGACAGGGCAAUGAGCAGUAGAAAAGGUUUCCUUUAAAUACCCUGUAACCUAAAUAGAGACCACGCCCCCAAAAGGUCCGGAAUAGCGGUUCCCGGCACUUAUGCAAAUGCCGACGUCAUGACGUCGACGCUAGCCGUCGCGUCAUAAAAGGGGGAGGAGCUAGCGCGGCCGGCGCGAAAACGGCCGGAAUAUGCCGAAAUGCUAGGGGCAGGGAGGCCCUAAGCAGAGAGGAUGUCCUCCCUGGAUACAUCACCAACAGGUACCCUGACAGUACCCCCCCUUCUAGAAACGCCCACCGGGCGGAUGGGACCGGGCUUAGAGGGAAAACGAACGUGGAAGGCCCGAAGAAGACGAGGAGCAUGCACGUCUAUACCAGGAACCCAAGACCUCUCUUCCGGACCAUAACCUUUCCAGUCUAUGAGGUAUUGCAGCUUCCCCCUAGAAAUACGAGAAUCAAGGAUGGACUUGAUGAUAUAUUCCUCCUGACCAUCCACACGGACCGAGGAUGGAGGAGCAGAGCGGGAGGAAAAUCUGUUACAAACAAGAGGUUUCAAUAACGACACAUGAAAAGAGUUAGGGAUGCGUAGAGUAGGAGGUAGAUCCAGCAAAUAAGAAACCGGGUUGAUCCUCCUCAGUACCCUGUAAGGACCAAUGUAACGAGGAGCAAACUUCAAGGAAGGAACUUUCAGGCGAAUGUGUCUGGUACACAACCAGACCCUAUCCCCCGGAGAAAAAAUAGGAGCAGGACGUCUACGCCUAUCAGCAUGUGACUUAAACACCGCGGAACUACGUUCAAGAAUUUGUCGAGUCUGAUCCCACAACUUUCUCAGGUUGGCUACAUGAAUAUCAACCGACGGUAUACCCUGGGAAGGAGACACCGACGGAAGAACAGUAGGGUUAAAGCCAUAGUUCAAGAAAAAGGGGCUAUUACGAGUGGAACCACAAACAAGGUUGUUGUGAGCAAACUCCGCCCAAGGAAUCAGACCGACCCAGUCAUCCUGGUGUUCAGAAACAAAACAACGUAGAUAUUGCUCAAUUUUUUGGUUAGUGCGUUCGGCUGCUCCGUUAGAUUGAGGAUGAUAGGCCGAAGAAAAAUUCAGUUUGAUGCCCAACUGUGAACAGAAGGAUCUCCAAAAACGGGAAAUAAAUUGGGAACCCCUGUCUGACACAAUCUCAUUGGGAAUACCAUGUAAACGGAAAAUUUCUCUAGCAAAUAUCACGGCCAGUUCGGGGGAGGACGGAAGUUUAGGCAAGGGAACGAAAUGAGCCAUUUUAGUAAACCUGUCAAGGACCGUGAGGAUAACUGUAUGCCUAUUGGAAGCUGGUAGAUCAACAAUAAAAUCCAUAGCCAAACAAGCCCAAGGUUUGUUGGGAACGACUAAGGGCUGCAAUAAACCACAAGGGAGAUCCCGAGGAAGUUUAUUCCUGACACAAACAUUGCAAGCCUUGACAAAGUCUUCCACAUCCCUACGUAAACCGGGCCACCAGAAGUCUUUGGAGAUCAGGCAGUGAGUUUUGUGGAUGCCUGGGUGACCAGCGAACUUGCUAUCGUGAAAACAGCGAAUAAUGUCCACUUAGAAUUUGGGGGACACGAACAAGCGGCCCACAGGAGUUGGUUCGGGAGCAAGAGAUUGUUCGUUCAUAAUAUCAGCGAGCAAUGGAGAGUGUAUUUUGACAUUGGUGUUGGCGAUAAUAUUGACUUCAGGAAUAAUAGGGAACAAAGUAUCCUCUGUAGAGGUGGUAGGUUCGUGCUGACGUGACAAAGCGUCUGCCUUAGUGUUCUUAGAACCAGGCCUGUAAGUAAGCACAUAAUUAAAGUGUGUAAGGAACAUAGACCAACGUGCCUGCCUGGCAGAUAAUCUUUUGGCCUCCCCCAUAUACGAUAAAUUUUUGUGGUCAGUCAAGAUAGUAACUGGGAGGACGGUGCCCUCUAACAAAUGUCUCCAUUCCUUUAAUGCCAUAAUGAUAGCUAGAAGUUCUCUAUCACCAAUGUCAUAUCUCCUUUCAGUGUGUGAUAGUUUCUUGGAAAAAAAACCGCAAGGGUGCAGCGGCUUAUCUAAACUUUGUCUUUGGGACAACACUGCGCCUAUCCCUGUUUCAGACGCAUCAACUUCAAGUAAAAAGGGUAGAGAGGUAUCAGGAUGAACUAAUACAGGUGCUGAGGCAAAAGACUGUUUGAGCGUUUCGAAAGCAGAUAAAGCCUCAGUAGACCAGGUUUUGGUAUCGGCUCCUUGUUUGGUCAUAUUAGUGAUAGGAGCGAUAACAGAGGAGUACCCUUUAAUAAAACGUCUGUAAUAAUUAGAAAAUCCAAGAAAUCUUUGUAUGGCUUUGAGUCCCUUAGGUAAAGGCCAAUCUAAAAUCGAUUUUAGUUUGGUCGGGUCCAUCAUAAACCCGUCUUUGGAAAUUACGUAACCUAAGAAAGUUACCUGAGACUGGUCAAAGCUACAUUUUUCCAAUUUACAAUACAAUCCAUGUUGUAAAAGUUUCUGUAAUACCUUUCUGACUUGUCUAUGAUGUGAAUUAAUGUCUCUAGAAUGGAUUAGUAUAUCAUCCAAAUAUACAAUUACACAUUCAUGUUGGAAUUCUCUAAGAACUUCAUUGAUCAAGUCUUGGAAGACGGCCGGGGCGUUACAAAGCCCAAACGGCAUUACGGUAUACUCAUAAUGCCCGUAACGGGUAUUAAAUGCUGUCAUCCAUUCAUCUCCUUGUUUAAUUCGCACUAAGUUAUAUGCUCCUCUUAAGUCAAGUUUGGUAAAAAUACUCGAGCCCCUUAGUCUGUCAAAGAGUUCAGUAAUCAAAGGAAUAGGGUAAGCAUUUCUGAUAGUAAUUUUGUUCAAUCCCCGAUAGUCUAUACAAGGACGUAAGGUACCGUCUUUCUUUUCUACAAAAAAGAAACCCGCCCCCGCCGGAGAAGAAGACUUUCUAAUAAAUCCUUUGUCUAAAUUCUCCUUGAUAUAUUCCUCUAAAACUAAGUUUUCCUUGGUGGAUAGAGGGUAUACCGUACCCCUGGGAGGCAUAGUACCAGGGAAAAGUUUAAUAGAACAGUUAUAAGACCGGUGGGGAGGUAAAGUAUCCGCCUUACCCUUGUCAAAUACAGAUUUGAGGUCUAGAUAUUGUAAUGGUAUCUGAACGUCUGUGGAUUGAGAAGUGUUAACAUAAGAGUUUACGGGGCAAACAGAAGUAACUCUCUGCAGACAUUCUUUCCUACAACCCAUACCCCAAGAAACGAUUUCUCCACCCUCCCAGUCAAUCUGAGGGUUGUGUCUCUUGAGCCAAGAAUAUCCUAGUACCACUGGGACUGCCGGGGAGGAAAUUAACAGAAGGGAAAUCAACUCCUCGUGGAAAAUACCAACAGUAAGCUUAACGGGUUCGGUCUCAUGGAAUAUUACUGGUUCAGAUAAAGGUCUACCAUCUAUGGCCUCAACGGCCAAGGGUGUAUCUCUCAAUUGGAAUGGGAUACAAUGCUUAUUAGCGAAAGUUUGGUCUAUAAAGCUUUCUGCUGCUCCAGAAUCUAAUAAUGCCAUCGUAGCAAUAAACCCCUUUUCCCAAGCUAGAGAGACAGGAAUCAGAAGCCUAUGGUCUUUUUUAUUAUGCAUAGAGGACAGUAAUGAAACACCCAAGGCCCGUCCUCUAAGGGAACUUAGGUGCGAGCGUUUCCCGGACGAUUAGGGCAACUAAGACGUAGGUGACCUCUCAGCCCGCAGUAUAAACAGAGACCCUCCCUUCUUCUGUACUGUCUCUCAGCCUCAGAUAAGCGAGUAUUACCUAUUUGCAUAGGUUCUGGUGGAGUAGGAUUAUAGGAGUCAGGGUUCUGAAAUGAGGGAGCAAGUCUUACAGGAAGUCUAGUAACUCUUUCCCGAGUGUUCUGCCUCUGUCUCAUGCGUUCAUCUAUUCUGGAAAUGAAGGAUACUAAAUCCUCUAAAUUUUCCGGAAGUUCUCUUGUGGCAAUUUCAUCUAGAAUUUCAUCAGACAACCCAUUCAAGAAAACAUCCAUAAAAGCUUGUUCGUUCCAUUUCACUUCUGCUGCCAAUGAUCUAAACUCUAGAGCAUAUUCUACAAGGGUCCUAUCUUGUUGUUUAAGGCGUAACAGGGAUCUGGCCGCAUUAAUCUUCCUCCCUGGGGGGUCAAAGGUUCUUCUAAAAGCCGUGACAAACGCAGUGUAGUUGUAGACUAAAGGAUUGUCAUUCUCCCAAAGGGGAUUGGCCCAUCUAAGUGCUUUAUCUAUUAGCAGGGUUAUAAUAAAGCCUACCUUAGCCCUGUCAGUGGGGUAAGCCCGGGGUUGUAGUUCGAAAUGUAUGCUUAUCUGGUUUAAAAAACCACGACAAGCAUCAGGCGAACCCCCAUAUCGUAAUGGUGACGUGACAUGGGAAGAUGCGCCUACAGUGGCUACUUCCAAACCAGUACUUAGCGAGUGGCUAGCAGUGGAACGUAUUUCUUCAGACUGGGUACUGGAGCGUGUCAACAAAGUUUGUAACGCUAAAGCCAUUUGGUCCAUUCUAUGGUCCAUGGCCUCAAAUCUGGGGUCAGGAGGACUAGCACCUGCAGGAUCCAUCUGGCCCUGUCGUAAUGUCAGGAAACUGACAGGGAUCCAAUACGCAGAGUGCGCACAGAAGGAGGUACGUAUACCGGACCUUAGAAUGGCCGGACUAACGUAAGGACAAAGCAAGAAUAGUCAAAAGGUAAGCCGAGGUCAAGGGAGCCGGAGGACAGGUAAGCGAGAUACAAGCCGAGUCAAAGGAGAGGAGAGGACAACAGGACAAAAGACAAGCAAGGGUCAAAACCGGAAACACAAGAUAAAGAACGCGCUGAGUGACUAGCAAGCUAGAACCACGACAGGGCAAUGAGCAGUAGUAAAGGUUUCCUUUAAAUACCCUGUAACCUAAAUAGAGACCACGCCCCCAAAAGGUCCGGAAUAGCGGUUCCCGGCACUUAUGCAAAUGCCGACGUCAUGACGUCGACGCUAGCCGUCGCGUCAUAAAAGGGGGAGGAGCUAGCGCGGCCGGCGCGAAAACGGCCGGAAUAUGCCGAAAUGCUAGGGGCAGGGAGGCCCUAAGCAGAGAGGAUGUCCUCCCUGGAUACAUCACCAACAGGUACCCUGACACACAGGAGGUGGGCAAGCCCGGUUAGGCGUUGUAAGAGAGAUCCCUCAGAAGUUGUUGAAAGACUUGGUCGGUAUUACGGCUGUACACAUGGACUUGGCAGUGUUUGGUUAAUGUCCGGUGGUUAAUGUCCGGUGUGCGGUGGUGGAAUAUCGGUGAACGAGCGGAGCAACAAGUGUACUAUCUCAGCAGUGGGACAUUUUAAUUUUUGGCAGUGAGUGCAGAAUCAAAUGUGUUACAAUUGAGUGACCAUAAUUGUUUACAAGAACAGAUAAAACAAUUAAUGGAGUCACAAAAACAAGGGCUUAGAAAAGAUAUGUUAUCUAACUUCAAGGAGAUCAAACAAGACACAAAAAAUUACAGAAGUAAUUAUCACGAUUUAACAAAAGUUUAAAUGUAUCGAAGAUCAGUAUCAAUAUAAGGAACUUAAUAUGUAUAGCUUGGAGGAAAGAUGAGACGGGGGAUCAGUGGCGGAUCCAGAGCCUGAUCUCGGGAGGGGCACUUGUAGAUUAUUUAAAGAAGUAAUCCAGGCACAAUAACCACUACAGCUCAGCGUAGUAGUUAUAAUGCCAGUAGUGCCAGGAUCCCACCCCAGAGUAAGUAGUCAAACCGUUUAAGAACAGUGACAACUUACCUGGGGUCUGCUGGGAUAUAGGGCAUAGGAGCAGUGGUAUGUGUUAGGGGUGAAGAGUGUGUGCGUGAGGGGGGCAGUGUGUGUGUGUGUGUGGGGGGGCGGUGCAGUCUGUGUGAGAGUUGCAGUGUGUGUGUGUUAGGGGCAGUUUGUGUAUGGGUGGGGCAGUGUGUGUAUGGGGGGACAAUGUAUGUAUGUGCGGGGCCAUGUGUGUAUGUGGGGCAGUGUAUGUAUGGGGGAAGAAGGGUAGGAAGGCUUUUUAAUAUAUAUAUUGUUUAAUUUUUAUUUUAUUUCUGGAUCCCUGGUGGUCCGGUGGAGAUUCCCUGGUGGUCCCAGUGGUUAGAGUGAACUCUAGCCCACAGCUCCUGGGCUAGAGUUCACUAUCGUGAGAUUUGGAGCAUUGCCGCGGUUACAUAAAGGGAAUCUACACGGUAAAGGAGGAGACUAUAUUUAAAAGAAGAAAAACUACCACAACAAGAGGACAUAAAAUCUUAAAUUAGAGGUUUAAAACUAAUAUCAGGAAGUAUUACUUUACUGAGAGGGUAGUGGAUGCAUGGAAUAGCCUUUCAGCUGAAGUGGUAAAGGUUAACACAGUAAAAGAGUUUAAGCAUGCGUGGGAUAGGCAUAAAGCUAUCCUAGAUAUAAGGCCAGGGACUAAUAGACGUAUUUAGAAAAUCAGGCAGACUAGAUGGUUCUUAUUUGGCGUCACAUUCUAUGUUUCUAAUAUAUGUCCCUAAAAGAUACAACAGAUAAUUUAACAAUUAAAAUUAACAGAUUGGAACAAAAAAUAUCUGAACUGGAAGACAAAUCAAGAAGAUCAAACUUCCGUGGAAUUCCUGAAGAAAUUGAUGUAGAGAAAAUUGAAGAAUAUUUAAAAGGCCUAUUUAAAGCACUACUCCAAGAUAUCCCAACAUUAGAUUGCUCGCUAGAAAGGAUACGUCGAAUUUAUAAGCCAAGUAAUACCUCUACACAAUAUCCAAGAAAUGUUAUAGCAAACUUUCGUUCAGUACAAUUUAAGAAAAAUUGAUGAAGGCACGAAGAGAAAAUUUAUGAAAAAUACCUGUUAUACUAAUAUAAUUUUUCUCCAGGACCUUUCUUAUCAUACGAGAACUUGGAAAAAAGCAUUUGCAUUAAUAACUGAAUUUUUGAAGAAGAAUAAUAUCAAGUUCCAGUGGAGUUUUCCAGUAUCAUUAAGAUUCUAUUGGAAAGGGGAAAGAAUGUAAUUCACUACGUUGGAAAUAGCUAUGUCGUGGAUGAAAGCAGAGUCGUUAUUAAGUUCCCCAGAAAGAAGACAAAGGAAUAAUUAAGUUCUGGUUUAGUUGAAUGAAAAAAAGAAGAGUAAAGGAACAUGGAAGAAAAAAAGAAGUAAAGGAAUAAUCAGUUAUUAGUGAGAAGAGAGACUUAAUAAUUAUUAGAUAAUUUAAUUUAAGGAGGAACAAUUUAUUUAUUUAUUUUUUUAAAAAAAGAUUCUUCACCAAAGAAUAAAAGCUACACUAUAUAACAUAUGGUAAUAGAAGCAAUAUUGAGCACACAAAUAUAUAUAUAUAUAUAUAUAUAUAUAUAUAUAUAUAUAAUUCACAUAAAGUAAUAUAUAAAUAUAGAAAGAUAAAAAGAAAGUAAUAGAUACAUGUGGUAAAAGAAGCAAUAUUGAGCACACAAAUAGAUAUAUAUAGGGAAAAUUCACAUCGAGAACUAUAUAAAGAAAGCCAAAAAGAAAAGGGAAAAAUAUAUAGACUACCACAAUGUAAGAUUUUUUUUUAAUCACAGCACUAAAUAACAACACUCACAGAAAAAGAAGAGAAAAAAAUGUGAUUUUUUUUUUUUUUUUUCAAUAUGAGAUUUGUAGAGAUAUGAUUAGGAGAUUGAAUAUGUCACAUAAUAAUAAUAAUAAGGUUGACACUUUUGAAAAAUGGUUUUAAUUAAUUGUAAAAAAAAUAUUAUUAGAUUGUGUAUUGUUAUUUUUUAUUUAUUAUUGUUUUCUCCAUAUUUUCUCUCUUUUAUAUGAGUUAAAAGAAUAAAAUAGGUUAAUGACAACAUAAAUUGUAAAAAGAGGUAUCUCUUAAUUAGGAACAUUGGAUCGAAACGCAUGACCGAGCUUAAACUCAGUGUCUAUAAAAGACACAGUAUAAGGCUGAAUCCCUGAUAUGUGGAUUUUAAAUCAUUGUUUUUGUGUAUGUGCGUCUUUGUAAAUAUUCUUGGAAAAUUAUACAUUAUUGCUAUGUCGGAAAAGAGAGAGAGAGAAGAAAAAUAGGAAGAAAAAAUGUUUAGAAUGAUAACAUUAAAUGUCCAGGGGAUGAACUCACCAACAAAAAAGUCUUUAUUAUAUAAAUAUCUAACUAAAGAAUAAAUUGACCUAAGAAACUCACUGGAGACAAUUUGAAACACAAACUUGGGGUGGAAAGAGAUUCCCAAGCAUUAUCCAUUCCUCUGACAAAAUAAAAAUAAAAAAGUGGAGUGGCUAUAAUAUUUAGGAAAAAAAUAAAUGUUGAAAUACUUCAUAAAUUAUGUGACCCAGAGGGUAGAUUUUUAGUAGCCUUUUGUAAAAUUAAUGUAAAACUAUAUACUUUAUGUAAUGUAUAUCUCCCCAACAGAUCUCCAGCUACUUACUUAAGAAAAUUAUUGGAAAAAGUAGAAGAAAUAAAAGUAGGACAGAUUUUACUAACAGGAGAUUUUUAAAUUAAAUUCUAGAUCCCAAAUUAGAUUAAAAAAAAACGAAUGAAAGGGACAAAAAUUAAUAAAAUGGUGGUUAAACAGGCAAAAUCUCUAAAUAAAAUCAAGAAUGAAUUUAACUUCUAUAAUAUUUGAAGAAUUUUUCAUAUGAAUGAUUAUGAUUAUACACACUUUUCCAGAAUACAGUUUUCUUAUACUAGAUUGGAUAUGAUCUGGACAGAUCCUACCGUUAUUGAGUCAGUAACUAAAAUUUGAUAUUAAAGAUAUAACCUGGACAGAUCAUAGUGGAGUGGUAUGUGAAAUUGGAGUAAGAAAAAUGACAAAAGAAACAUACACCUGGCAUUUAAACAAUAGUUUACUGAAUUUAGAGUCAAACUGAAAAUUAAUUGAAUCUAAUAUAAAUGGAUAUGCUGAGGAAAAUGUGACAGGUCAUAUUUCGUCAACCAUCCUAUGGUGUGCUUUUAACCCUUAAGAACUGAGCCAAAUGUACAUGUUGUGAUCAAAACAAAACUUAAACAAAAACUUGAAAUUGCACUAUAUGUCUGUUCAGGCGUAAUUCACCUCUUUCAUAUUAUGUGCACCCAAAGUCAUAUAUAAUUUUAUUCAGGGAAUAAGGCCUUUCAUUUAACAUCAAAUUUUUAGGUAUAAUACAUAAUUUAAUAUGAAUACAAUAUUAAAAAAUGGGAGAAAAUAAGAAUUUUUAAAAAAAUGUUUAGUUCUACGUGACAUUGUAACUGUGUGUCAUAAUACUGUUUGCUUUUACUGCAAUAAAAUACACAUAUUUGUAUUCAGCGAUGACUCACGUGUAAAACAAUACCCCCUAUAUACAGGUUUUAUGGUGUUUUGGGAAGUUACAAGGUCAAAAAAAGCAAGUUACAUUUUUCAGUUUUUUCACAUUGAAAUUCACCAGAGUUGGUGUUAAUCUUUGUUUGUGAGUGAAAAAUACAAAUUACCCAUUUAAAUGCCAAUUUUGGCCAGUAUUUGUGACUAAGUGGCUACUAAAAAAGACUGGACACACCCCAUUUGCAAUACCUUGGGUUGUCUACUUUUGCAAAUGGUAUGCCAUCAUGGGGGUAAUUCUCAUUCCUGGGCUACCAUACGGUCUCAAGGGCAACGUAACCAAUCUGGCAAAUUUCAAUGUGAAAAAACUGAAAGGCAAGAUUUAUAUUUUACUCUGUAACUUUUGAAAACACCAUAAAACCUGUACAUGGGUACUGUUCUACUCGGGAGACUUCGCUGAACACAAAUAUUAGUGUUUCAAAACAGUAAAACGUAUCACAACUAUUAUAUCGUCUGUGUAAGUGCCAUUUGUGUGUGAAAAAUGCAAAAAAAUUUACUUUCACUGACGAUAUCAUCGUUGUAAUACAUUUUACUGUUUUGAAACACUAAUAUUUGUGUUCAGCGAAGUCUUCCGAGUAAAACAGUACCCCCCAUGUACAGGUUUUAUGGUGUCUUGGAAAGUUACAGGGUGAAAUAUAGUGCUAGCAAAUUAAAUUCCCUGGACUUUCAGCCUGGGUUGUCAGGCAGGUCCCGCAAAUUGAAAUUAAUAAAAUGACCUAAUUAUGUAAAAUAAAUAUAUACGUAGAAUUAAUAUAUAUAUAUAUAUAUAUAUAUAUAUAUAUUUGUGGUAAUGGCUCAUGAUAGUACAGAAGAAACAAACUCUGAUAAGUGUAGGAUGGUAUUAAAAGAGCAAGUCGGUUGUGGUGUGCCGGAACCGACGAUGAGGUAGGCCUGUAAAUAAAGAGGGCCCACCAAGAAGAAAUGUAAAGAAAAAGGAGUUAAUAAUGAGGAGUGGUGGGAGGGUGAUGCAGCGCUGACCUCGAACAGUAUGGAGCAAGGUAAGGGGUGUCCCUUAAGUAGGGAAUGGGUGUGUCAUAUGCCCCUCCCACAACUAAAGGCCAAAAGGCCUUAAUAUAUAUGUAUAGAAUUUUCUUUAAAUAUUUUUAUUUAUAUAUAGGUAUAUAUACAGUGAUAUAUACGUAUAUACUUUUUUCAUGUACUUAUGUAUAUAUAUAUAUAUUUCAUUCUACGUGUAUUUUUAUAUCUAUAUAUAUAUAUAUAUAUAUAUAUUAAUUUUAAAAUACAGUUAGAACGAAAUUACACAUAUAUUUAUUUUUUCUAAUUUUAUAUUUUAACGUAUUUACAUAUUUAUUUUAUAUUAUAUAUAAAUAUAUAAUAAUUAUAUAUAUAUUUAAUCAAUAUCAUUGUACAUGUACUUUGAUAUACAGGGAGUGCAGAAUUAUUAGGCAAGUUUGGAAAAAACUGUUAAAAACUUGGAAAGACUGAAAUUUAAGUAUUAUUCCAAAGGUUAUCGGGCUGAUAAAAUUUUAUCUGAGAAACUUAGACCACAAAAAUGGAAUAAUAAAGUUAUAAAAUUAAUAGAUAAAGAUAGAAACUUAGAAACACUUUAACUUUUUCUACAGUAAGCUGUAUAACAUUUCUUCAACUACUACCAUAGAAGAAAUUAAUCAUUACCUUAAAAAUUUAAAUUUACCUCAAAUUACUGACUUAGACAUAAUCUUUUUAAAUAAAGAGAUGCACAUUGAAGAAGUAAAUCCGGUUAUAUGUCAUUUUAGAUACAUUUAAAACUCCAGGCCUUGAUGGGUUUAGUAAUUUAUUCUAUAAAAUAUAUCAAGACCAAAUAAAUUUUCAUUUAACAAAUACUUUUAAUUAUACCGUUAAAAUAGGUUAAUUCCCAGAAGAAAUAAGAGCUAAUAUCUUACCUAUUCUUAAACCAAACAAACUCCCCACGAAUGUACAAAACUAUCAACCUAUUUCGCUUAUACAUGUAGAUGCUAAACUCUUUGCUUCCAUCUUGGCAACUAGGCUAAAAAAAAGUUUUACCAACAAUCAUACAUCACAACCAAAUAGGUUAUGUCCCAGGUAAAACCUCUGCUACUAGUAUACGAAGGAUAAGAAAAGUUCUGGAUUCAACAGGGUCAACUGGAAAUAUUUAGAAACAACUUUAACUUAUUAUGGCAUCUCGGGCUGGAUAAAGAAGGCCUUUAAGGCUUUAUAUGUAAACCCAACAGCACGAACAAAGGGCCCGUCAAGGGUGUCCCCUUUCCCCAAUUUUAUAUCUGCUUUCAAUUGAACCUUUAGCUAUUAUUAUAAGAAAUAUUAAAGAAAUUAGUGGAUAGAAAAUUUUCCAUAAAGACCAAAAAAUUAGCUUGUAUGCAGAUGAUAUUUUAGUUACAUUGACAAACCCUAGCAUAUCAUUUAUUAUUCUUAUGAAAGAAAUAGAUAUUCUUUGGCAUCAAAUUAUAAGUUAAAUAUAAAUCUAUGAUAUUAGAUCUUAAUUUAAUUAAUAAACGUUAAAGGGAAAUCACAAAUAUGCAUGAGUUCCUGUGGGUAGAAGAAACAAUAAAUGUUUUAAGUAUUAGUUUAACAAGAGAAACUAAUCAAAUUAUGGAGAUAAACUUUCUGAAUCUUAUACAAAACACUAAUAGAUGGCUAAAAGAACAAAAAAAUCUAGAGAUAACUUUCUGGGGAAGAGUAAAUGUAGUGAAUGCAUAUGUUAUACCCAAAUGGAAUUAUUUGUUUCAAAUGUUACUACUAAAUAUCUCUAAUAGCUGGCUUGAAAUGUUUCAAGCCAGUUUUAUGCAAUAUAUAUGGAAAAGUAAAAAACCAAGGGAGGUAUUGGAUAUCCAAUUAUCAAGAAUAAUUAUAUAGCCUCUAUAUUAUUACAUGUUUAUAGAAUGCAAUUAAGUAAUAAUGGCAAUGAAUUAUGGUAUAAGAUGGAAGCUAAGCAAACAUAGCCCUGAUACCUAAGGAGGGAAAGAACAAGGAGCAUUGCGCCAACUACCAGCCUAUGUCCCUAUUAAACUAUUAAACUGCGGUAUAAAGCUUUUCGCUAAGAUCUUGGCAUCCAAUAGUGAUGGAAAAGUUGUUUCAAGGGGACUAACACCUGGACUGUGGCAUGCCGGAGGGGGAUCCAUGGCAAAACUCCCAUGGAAAUUUACACAGUUGAUGCAGAGUCUGGUCUUAAGCCAUAAAGGGCAUAAAUCACCUAACAUUCCUAAAUCACAAUGGAUAUGGAUUGACACCUGACAUAUGACAUAUUUUUUUGAAUAUUUAAUCUUUAUUUUAAAUUUUUUUCUUUUAAAUCUCAUUAAAUACAAAUAUCAUACAAAUACAAAUAUCAUACAAAUAUACAUUUGUAAUACAAACAACACAGCAGCAAAAUAGGGGAGGGAGAAGAAAAAUACAUCAGAAAGACUUCCAUAAUAGAGUGGUAAUAUCAUUUAGAUAAAUCUCAUAAUUAUUUGCAAUGUUCAUGGAAUUGUUCUACUGUUAAUUGAACGACACUAUUUUAUACAUCAAUCAUCUCAAUACACUUUAACCAAACAGAAAUCUUAUUGCUUAGUCUUUGUUUACUUAGCAUCAGCUCCAUUCUAAUCUGAAAAUCGAGUUGAGUUUUAACUUUCUUCCAGGGGACUUCUAAAUCCCUUUUCCACCAUCUCGCAAUUACUAUUUUAGCCGCUAAAAACAGAUGUAUAAGGAUUGCUUUUAAUUCAUAUGUCAUAUGAGGCCAAUUUAGAUGAAGUAGAACUACCUCUGGAGAGAUAAUCAACUCGAGUUUUAAAUUAUUAGAUAUAAAAUGCUGCAUUUUCAACCAGAGAUUUUUUAAUUUAUAGCAAUCCCACCAAAUAUGUCUAAAAUUGCCUCUAAUACUAUUGCAUCUCCAACAGAUAGGAUUUACUAGAGGGUAAAUUUUAUUCAAUUUAGCUGGUACUAAGUACCACCUAUUUAAAACUUUAAAGUGCGUUUCUAAUAAAUUUAAUGAAUGUAUAUUCUUCUUAACAUCCAUCAUUGAAGAACCCCAUUGAUUCAGAUUUAUAUCGAUAUUCAAGUCUUGUUUCCAAGCCUGUAUGGCAGUAGGAUUUGUGUCUUCAGCUAUUGAUUUAAUUAGUAUUAGAGCUUUAGAAAGUGGUUUAUUAACUUUUUUUGAUGUAAAUAAUAAAUCUAUCGAAUUGCUUAAAUUAGAUUUUGGUAUUAUUAGAUGUGUAUUUAUAUAGCUUUUAAGUCUUAAAAAAUUAAACACCUCUCUAGGAGGGAGAUUGUGUAUCUCUGUUAUUUGAGCAAAGGUUUUAAUUAAUCCUUCUGUCAAUAAUUGGUCCAGAGUCGUUAUCCCUACUUUUUUCCAAUUAUUUAAGUUUAAGUCUUCCACUUGUUUUUCUACAAUAUCUAACUCUAAAUAACUUGGAACUUUUUUUUCUAUAUUCAUUACUUUUUUAAUUUUUAACCAAUUUUCCAGUAAUUGAGUUAGAAUAAUACUGGCAUAUUCUUUUUUCUUUGGCAUUUUAUUUAUAUUCCAGAUUAAACAAUCUAAGCUAGAAACUUCUCCUGCCUUCAAUUCCAUUUUAUACCAUCCCUCAUCUUUAUUUUCUUUCAUUUGCAUUCUAUAGACAUGUAGGGUAAUAGCUGCUUUAAAGUUAUUCAUUAUGAGUGGAUAAUCAAGUCCACCUUUAUAUAUUUUCUGCGCUAAUAUUGACUGUUUCAAUCUCGGCUUCUUGCCUUUCCAGAUGUAUUGAGUAAAACUUCUUUGUAUUAAUUGAAGCCAAUGGAUUGGGAUAUGUAGAGGUAACAUUUGAAACAUAUAAUUCCACUUUGGUAUAACAUAUGAAUUGAUAACAUUUAUUCGCCCCAAAAAAGUAAUCUCUAGGUUUCUGCGAUCUUUUAACCAUUUAUUGAGAUCUAAUAAUAAUGUUAGGAAAUUUACUUCCAUAAUCUUAUUUGUCUCUCUGGUUAUUUUAAUUCCUAAGUAAUCCAUACUUUCUUUAACCCAAAUAAAAUCAUAUUUGUUUUUAAUCUCUCGUUGUAUCCUUUUAUUUAGGUUAACAUCUAGUAUCAAGGAUUUAUUUAUAUUUAACUUAUAGUUUGAUAUGAAGCUAUAUCGCUCUAUUUCUUGCAUUAUGCGUUCCAAAGAAUUUUUAGGGUUUGUAAGAGUAAUUAAAAUGUCAUCAGCAUAUAAGCUAAUUUUUUGAUCCUCAUCCAUUAUUUUAUAACCAUGGAUCUCUUUAUUAUUCCUAAUAUUCUCAGCCAAUGGCUCAAUAGUCAGCAAGUAGAGCAAUGGUGAGAGGGGACAACCCUGUCGGGUACCAUUUCUAAGUUGGAACCAUGGGGCGACUAUAUUAGGUCCAAUAGUUCGUGCAACAGGAUUUACAUAUAGUGCCAUUAUAGCUUUCUUAAUCCAACCUUCCAAUCCAUAAUGUUGUAAAACGGCUUCUAAAUAUUUCCAGCUGACUCUGUCGAAUGCUUUUUCAGCAUCAAUCGACAGAGUCAGAACUGGAACAUCAUAUCUAUUUGCAUCAUCCAAGAUAUUAAUAAUUUUCCUUAUACUUGUAUAGGAAUUUCUACCUGGAACAUAUCCUAUUUGAUCUUUAUGGAUGAUUAGUGGAAGAAGUUUUUUUAUUCUAGCAGCCAAAACCGAAGCGUAUAACUUAGUGUCAACAUCUAUUAAAGAUAUCGGACGGUAGUUUUUGAUAUCAGUGGGGUUUUUAUCAUUUUUUAGAAUAGGCAAGAUAUUAGCUUUUAGCAUCUCUGCUGGUAAAAAUCCUCUGUUUGCCGCUAUGUUAAAAGCAGAGGUCAAAUGUGGACAUAUUAAAUCUUUAAAUGUUUUAUAAAAUAGGUUGCUAAACCCAUCCGGGCCUGGUGUUUUAGAUUUUUCUAAAUCAUUUAUUGCUUUCAUAGUCUCCUCCAUAGUUAUAGGUUUAUUUAAGAAAUCAUUUUCAAUAGAAGUUAAUUGAGGCUUCUUUAUAUUAUUUAAAUAGUUUUUAAUAUCCUCAUCUGUAUUAAUCUGAGGAAUAUUGUAUAGAUUGGAAUAAUAUUCAUUAAAACACUUUCCAAUCUCUCUGGGGGUUAGUGCUAUUUUUCCGUUCUGUAUUAUUUUGUCUACCUUAUUUUGUACUUUUUGUUUUCUAAGUUUUUGGGAUAGCAUCUUUUCAGCUCGAUUGCCUUUGGAAUAAUAUUUAAAUUUUAGUCUAACCAUAUUUUUAGCUAUCGUGUCCAUUAAUUUUUGCUUUAUUUUUUCUUUAAGUUCUAAUAUUUUUUCAUAAAUUUCAGAAGAUGGAGAUUGUUUAUUGAUAUUAGUCAAAUCUCUUAAUUUUGUAUGUAAAAAUGCCAAAGUAUUAUUUUUAUCAAGUUGACUUUGUAACUUGAUAAUAUGACCUCUUAUAACGGCCUUAAAGGCACACCACAAAAUAGAUGAAUCAAUAUUUUCUGAGAUAUUUUCUUUAAAAUAAUUUUUUAUAUUAUCUCUUAUAUGAGUUUUUUUUGAUUCACAACAAAGCAAAUUAUCUCUUAACCGCCAAGUAUAAGCUUCUCUUUUAAAUGUACUAAAAAUCAUUUCACAAAAAACUCCAUCAUGAUCUGUCCAUACUAUCUCGUCAAUCUUUGUUUUUUUGGUCAUAUCAAUAAUACUUGGGUCGACCCAAAUCAUGUCUAAUCUUGAAUAGGAAAAAUGCACUUUAGAAAAAUGCGUAUAGUCUCUCUCAUUAGGAUUAAAAAUUCUCCAAAUAUCAAAUAGAUUAUAUUCAUCUUUAAUUUUUUUUAAGGCUUUUGCUUGUUUUAUAACCAUCUGAUUUAAAAUAUUUCCUUUCAUUAAUUUUUUAUCUAUCUGAGGGUCUAGUACAGCAUUGAAAUCCCCCGCCACUAUUAACUUUCCCACUUUAACUUCAUCUACUUUUUCCAGAAUUGUUUUUAAAUAAGCAACUGGUAAAUGAUUAGGAAGAUAUAUAUUACAUAAUGUAAAAAGUAUAGAGUCAAUUUUGCAUAUUAUUAUUAAAUACCUGCCUUUAGUGUCUUGUAUUUGAUGAAUUACUUCAACUUUAAUCUUUUCUCCAAAUACCACAGCUACUCCACAUUUUUUUUUUCCUUAUUGGAAGCUUGAAUUAUAAGUGGAAAUCUUUUACCCCCCCAAUUUUGUUUAUCCACUUGUCUCCAGUGAGUUUCUUGUAGGAAUAUUAAAUUCAAUUGUUUUUCACUGAGGUAUUUGUACAAUAGAUUUCUUUUCGCUAUAGUAUUCAAUCCCUGAACAUUAAGUGUAAGCAUUUUUAUCAUAUUAUUUUCAAAAACCUCCCUGCAUCCCUUUCCACUCGAUAACCAUUGCCCUUCCCUAUUGCUGCAUAAACAUAUCUACACAAACACAUAGAACAAAAUAUUAAAAUCAUAGGAGGAAAUCCUCCUUUUUUAUCACAAAGACUGUAAAUUUUCAUAUAGAAAUUCAGUCUUUACUGUGUCUUUAAAUUAGACACUAAGUGGGCGUAUCCAGAAAGAGGUAGUAAUAUUUACAAGUUUGCAAUCUCUCUCCAAGAGGGAGAGAGAGAGAAGAGAAAAAAAAAAAUAAAAAAAAAAAUUUUCUUCCAUUAUUUUAUACUUAAAUCAGUUACUCUGUGAUUCUUUACUUUAAAUAAAUCUAUUUCCACUUAACUUACUAAUACAUGUGAAUAAUUUUCUUUUAACCACCUCGUUAAGUUCAAAUCUAAUUAAUAUCAAUACUUAGACAUAUUUGCUUUUAAAUCCUUAUGUUCCAAGUGCUUGUGUGCAUAUACUUAAUUCUCAAUUGACUAGUAGCUUUAAAAUGAAAACAAGCCCCAUUAACAUCAACAAAUUAGCAAAUUGUGCAAAGCACAAUUAAGUAAUUCUAUAUGAGUGGAGAGAAAAAAAAUAAAAAAAAAAAAAAAAAAAUUCUUCCAUUAUUUUAUACUUAGAUCAGUUACUCUGUGAUUCUUUACUUUAAAUAAAUCUGUUUCUACUUAACUUACUAAUACAUGUGAAUAAUUUUCUUUUAACCACCUCGUUGAGUUCAAAUCUAAUUAAUAUCAAUACUUAGACAUAUUUGCUUUUAAAUCCUUAUGUUCCAAAUGCUUGUGUGCAUAUACUUAAUUCUCAAUUGACUAGUAGCUUUAAAGUGAAAACAAGCCCCAAUAACAUCAACAAAUUAGCAAAUUGUGCAAAGCACAAUUAAGUGAUUCUAUAUGAGUGAAAAAAAAAAAAAAAAGUUAAUUUUCUUCCUCUUUCAUUCCUUCCUCUCUCCCUCCUCUCUCUUCUCCUCUCUUCUCUCUUCCUUCCAUCUUCCUCUCCGCCGCAACAGACCCUUCAAGCUUUUUUAUUAAUACUUGAUAACCAACUAUUUGCUUCAUUUGCAUCCAAAAAAAUUUUUCUUUCUUGUUUCCAAGUAAAUCUUAAAGAUGUUGGAUAGGCCCAUUGAAACCUAAUCUCUGCUUUUCUUAAAAAAUCCGUCACGAUAGAGAAAGAUUUCCUCCAAGUCCUGGUAUGAUAAGAUAAGUCUUGCAAAAAAAUUAUGUCUUUGUAAAUAGAAUUUGUUCGGGGUUUGGUACGGCAGGCUUUCAUUAAAUUAUUUCUCAAUGAUAAUGAGGAAAAACUCACUAUUACAUCUCUUGGGAGAUGUGGAGCCGUUGUAUCUGGUUUAUGUAUCCGGUGAAAAUUUUCUAUUUUAUAUUCAUCUGUAGGUAUUUCUGGUAAAACUUCUUCAAAUAAAUUGUUUAAAUAUUCUCUCAAUUUUUCAUUGGAGAUUUCUUCAGUAACACCUCUUACUCUGAUGUUUCUUUUUCUUGACCUAUCUUCCAAAGCUGCUAUUUUAUUUUCAAGAUUAUCAACUUUGUUUACUAGAAACUGCACCUCCGUAUUAAUUGCUUUAAUUUGCGUUCCAAACACUUCACAUUUUUUUUCAACUUCCACCACUGAUACUGCAACAUUUUUAAUUUCUUGUUUUAUCUCAUUGAAACUUACAAGCAUUUCUUGUUUCAAUAAAUUUAAUUGUAGUUCCAGCGUUUGCUUAAAUUGAUCUUGGAUACUAAUUGAAGCAAUUGCUUGAGCUUCUGAUGGAAAUUGAUUAAGUGCAACUUCUUGGAUAAUAUUGGAAGUAUUACUUGGGUGUGUCUUACUAUCAAUUAUCUGUUCCUGCGGAUCUUUAAUAGGAUCUUUAAUAGGAGUUGCAAAAAAACCUGACAACCUCUUUUCUGUUUGUUGAACUGACUUAAUUUCUUUUUUUUUUUCCGUUGUUUUCCUGGUUGACAUUUUGUUUUAUUUCUUAAAUACUUCUCAGUGACAAAUUAAAACUAGAUGUCACAUAUGAAAUUUCAACUCCAAGCUCAAAAAACUAGAUUAAAUCAAUUGGUCAAAUAAUUGAUUCUUGAUGUCAAUCUCCUCCAACGAGGAAAAAAAAAAAAAAGAUUUUCUUCCACUUUUCUUUUUUCCAGGCCAGUAAUUAUAUACAGGUAUGAUGCCUUACAGUCAUAUUUUUUAGUAAAUACAGAAGUACUCACAGUUUUUUAUAUAUGGCUGUAUAGGAGAUCACUGAGGGAUGUAUUUCCUCUUUUUCCCUUUAUUUCUCUCUUAUUCUUUCCUUCUUUGUAUCUCUUUUUUCUUCUUCUUUUUUUUUUUUUUUCGUUUUUUUGCUUGAUAAUUUAUACAGGAAUUUAUACAGGAACUGUUUUCAUUUCUUCUUUGACCUUUUUAACGGUCUAUAAGGGAAUCGCCACUAUUUGCCACUAUUUACUCAAAAACGGAGGCAGAAACGGAGGCAACAAACCCCCAGCAAGAACCGGCAUAUACCACCACGUCAGACCAGGUCCACCGACCCACCAAAUCUUCACCGGACCGAGCACUCCCUCCACUUCGUCUAAGCCGGACCACACUCACAAAUCGGCACGGAGCGGCAUUGCUUGCUCUCGACUCCGCGUCCUCUCUCCUCAACCUCCCUCCGGACACGCCCACCUAAGGCACGUGCGGCGUCUCACGUCAUCACGUCCCCCCCUUAAGAGACUUUUCUCUGGUAUAUGACAUAUUGACACCUUGACAUAUGGAUUGACACCUGUCCUCAGAGACCCUGAUACACACUGACACAGAGCAGAAUAGGGACUGUUCCCCCUACAUAGGGUCACUUGGCAGAUAUGGAUUGACACCUAUCCUAAGGAUCCCUGAUACACACUGACACAGAGCAGAAUAGGGACUGUUCCCCCUACAUAGGGUCACUUGGCAGAUAUGGAUUGACACCUAUCCUCAGGAUCCUGAUACACACUGACACAGAGCAGAAUAGGGACUGUUCCCCCUACACAGGGUCACUUGGCAGAUAUGGAUUGACACCUAUCCUCAGGAUCCCUGAUACACAAUGACACAGAGCAGAAUAGGGACUGUUGCCCCUACAUAGGGUCACUUGGCAUGGAUUGUAUGGAUUGACACCUAUCCUCAGGAUCCCUGAUACACACUGACACAGAGCAGAAUAGGGACUGUUCCCCCUACAUAGGGUCACUUGGCAGAUAUGGAUUGACACCUAUCCUCAGGAUUCCUGAUACACACUGACACAGAGCAGAAUAGGGACUGUUCCCCCUACAUAGGGUCACUUGGCAGAUAUGUAUUGACACCUAUCCUAAGGAUCCCUAAUAAACACUGACACAGAGCAGAAUAGGGACUGUUCCCCCUACAUAGGGUCACUUGGCAGGUAUUGAUUGACACCUAUCCUAAGGAUCCCUGAUAAACACUGACACAGAGCAGAAUAGGGACUGUUUCCCCUACAUAGGGUCACUUGGCAGGUAUGGAUUGACACCUAUCCUCAGGAUCCCUGAUACACACUGACACAGAGCAGAAUAGGGAAUGUUCCCCCUACAUAGGGUCACUUGGCAGAUAUGGAUUGACACCUAUACUAAGGAUCCCUGAUACACACUGACACAGGGGAAUAUUAUACAGGGGAAUAUUCAGUAAAUAAGGAUAAGGGGGGACCUACUGUCCUCCACCCCGGCCCCCACCCCUGCAUGGUGGGUGGGGGCCAUAAAUCUCAAUGGGGGGGAGAACUGUCCUCUGGCCCGCUCCUACCCGUGAGCGGUGGGUGGGGGCCAUAAAAAUAAUGAGGGGGGGGCUACUGUACGAUGUUGUAUCGAUCAGGUAGUGUAAGGGUUACGCCCGCUUCACAGUGACAGACCAAACUCCCCAUUUAACGCACCACAAACAACCGCAAACAGUCCAUUUGCACAACCGCAAACUCCCCAGUUGCACAAGGUUGGAUACCAAGCUAGCCAUGUCCCGUUCCUGGUCCUCACUGAUGUCAUUGAAGGUCUCUUCCUCCACCCAGCCACGUACAACACCAAGGGUCCCCGAAAGGUGACAACAAGCCCCCUGGGACACCUGCUGUGUUUGGUCUUCCACCUCCUCAAAGCCACCUUCCUCCUCUGACUCCUCUUCUUCUGACUCCUCUCUCUGUGUUGCCUCUCUCUGCGUUAUUAUAAGGUGUGUUAAGUAGUAUUAUUCCUAUCAGUUUAAUCCCUGUUACGUCCCCUAUCAGGGGACGUGUAUAUGGCAUUGAUUUUAGGUACUGGGAGAUGGAAAAAGAUGCUUGGUCGGUCCUCCUACUUCAAAUUUGGGGCACUGCGCGUGCAAUCUAAUGUGCCACCAGAUAGGAGUGGUGUGUUAAGUAGUACUAUUCUUAUCAGUUUAAUCCCUGUUACGUCCCCUAUCCGUUGAUGUGGAGCAAGACGCAGCAGCAGAAGAGGACUCAGCCGAGGAGGUUAUGGAAGAGGAUGGAGUAGGAGGAGUAGAGGAGGUGGCCUGCCUGCAAGUCGUGGCGGUGUCACCAACUCCUCUGCAGAGCCACGCAUUCCAUGUAGGCCUGACAGACCCGCUUGAAGGCAACUAACUGCCAUUCAAUCUAUAACAGUGAAAAAAGUUUUUUGUUUUUAAAUGCAAGCUAUUGUGACACCAGAUAUGAGUGGCACUGUGAACUGGCAGAGGUUGGCAGAGUACACGCUGUAGGGCUGACACACCCGCUUUGAGACAACUAACUGCUAUUCAAUCUAUAACAGAGAAAAAAGUUUUGGGGUUUUUAAAUGCACGCUAUUGUGACACCAGAUAAGAGUGGCACUUUGAACUGGCAAAGGUUGGCAGAGUACACGUUGUAGGCCUGACACACCUGCUUGAAGACAACUAACUGCUAUUCAAUCUAUAACAGUGAAAAAGUUUUUUGUUUUUAAAUGCAAGCUAUUGUGACACCAGAUAUGAGUGGCACUGUGGGCAAGUGGGCACAGUAUACGCUCUUGAGCCUGACACACAGGCGGUUGGAGACAACUAACUGCUAUUCAAUCUAUAACAGUGAAAAGAAGUUUUGGGGUUUUUAAAUGCACGCUAUUGUGACACCGGUGAGUGAGUGGUAGCGCACACAGGCAAGAAUUAUGGGCACAGUAUACGCUGUGAGCCUGACACACAGAACUUGCAGACAACUAACUGCUAUUCAAUCUAUAACAGUGAAAAAAAGGAUUUUGGGUUUUAAAUGCCGCUAUUGUGACACCAGUGAGUGGUGGCACUGGGCAAGAAGUGGAGCACAGUAUGCGAGCCUGACACACAGGCAGCUUGCAGACAACUAACUGCUAUUCAAUCUAUUACAGUGAGAAACUAUUUUUUAAAUGCAAGCUAUUGUGACACUAGUGAGUGAGUGUUUGGCACUUUCGGCAGAGUGGGCACAGUAUGUAAGCUGCGAGCCUGACACACAGACGUUUGGAGACAACUAACUGCUAUUCAAUCUAUAACAGUGAAAAAAGUUUUUUGGUUUUUAAAUGCACGCUAUUGUGACACCAGUGAGUGAGUGGUGGCACUGUCAAGUGGGCACAGUAUACGCUGCAAGCCUGACACACAGACGCUUGCAGACAACUAACUGCUAUUCAAUCUAUAACAAUGAAAAAGGUUUUUUGGUUUUUAAAUGCACGCUAUUGUGACAUCAGUGAGUGAGUGGUGGCACUGGGCAAGUGGGCACAGUAUACGCUGCGAGCCUGACACACAGACGCUUGCAGACAACUAACUGCUAUUUAAUCUAUUACAGUAAAAUACAUUUUUUUUUUUUUUUAAAUGCAAGCUAUUGUGACACCAGUGAGUGAGUGGUGGCACUGGGCAAGUGGGCACAGUAUCCACUGUGAGCCUGACACAGAAGCUGGCAGACAACUAACUGCUAUUCAAUCUAUUAUAGUGAAAAAAAAAAAAAAUGUAAAUGCAAGCUAUUGUGACACCAGUGAGUGAGUGGUGGCAUUGGGCAAGUGGGCACAGUAUCCACUGUGAGCCUGACACAGAAGCUGGCAGGCAGGCAGGCAACUGCAAUUACAUUACACAGAAAAAGAAGAAAAAAAAAAGCAGACUGAUGUUAAAGCCCUAAAAAGGGCUUUUUGGGGGUGCUGUCCUUACAGCAGAGAUCAGAUGAGUCCUUCAGGACUGUAGUGGACACUGUAUACCCUAACCUAGCUAUCCAUUUCCCUAUCAAAUCAAUAGCAGCUACACUUUCCCUCCUCUCACUAAGCAUGCAGCUUGAGAAUGAAUCUAAAAUGGAUGCUGUCCAGUAGGUGGGAGGGUCUGCUAGGGAGGGUCUGCUGCCAAUUGGCUGGAAUGUGUCUGCUGACUGUGAGGUACAGGGUCAAAGUUUACUCAAUGAUGACGAAUAGGGGGCGGAUCGAACCGUGCAUAUGUUCGCCCGCCGCGGCGAACGCGAACAUGCUAUGUUCGUCAGGAACUAUUCGCCAGUGAACCGUUCGGUGCAUCACUAGUUAUAAGUUUAGAUGGUCUGGUUUGGAGUACUAAGUCGAUAGGGAAAAAACAUUAUCCCAAUAUUAUUAUAACACAUUUGUUGAAAAAUUGGGAAAAAAAUUAAGUAAUGUUAAAGAUCAAAAACAAAAUUCCAAUAUAUCUUGAUCUGAAAUUUAUUAAACAACAAGUCUGUGACUUAAAUUUAAUUAAGUGGGCACAAGUGGGGAUUAAAAAGAUAUCUCAGGGGGCGUGGCUAGCCGAGCAAGGAACAAGACGUGCUGGUGUGGAGCUCCUGCAAACCGCACAGCUAAAUAGAUUUAAAAACCACGGAGAAAAACCUGAAAACCGGCAAUAUUAAUACCUGAGUACUCCAAGACCCCCUGGAGAAAAAUGGGACGCAGAAACCGUAAGCUGACCCACUCGGGAAGCACUAAGCAAGCGGACAUCCGCGUCCUUUGAAAGGCCGCAGCCGCACGCACUGCCCAAGAUGGCGCCCAUGGGUCCACGAGACUCGAGCUCCGCCGAAGACUCUGCAGAGGAUGACAGCAGUUCACCAGCGUUGAACGGGGUAUACAGGAGCGACGACUCUGACUCCGACGCCUCACCCUCCACAAAGGGGGAUAUUAAAAAACUCUUGGUCGAUUUAAGGGAGGUCUGGAAGGCCGACCUAGCUGGCGUGCGCACCGAGGUUGACAGCCUCGCUGCUAGAAUCACAGGGGCUGAAACUAGAGAGGGGAGGAGAGAACAGGAGCUGUUGGAGACACAGGCCCAAAUGAAAACAAUGUCCGAGCAAAUACAACGACUCACCCGAGCGGUCACAUCAGUAGAGGCCAGACACCGCAGGAAAAAUGUGCGGAUCCGCGGGGCGCCCGAGAGCGUGGGCCCAGAUGCUAUCCUCGAAUUUGCCAACGCAGCGGUGGCAGCACUAGGAGUGAGACCCACAGCGGGAGCACCACCCAUAAUGACCGCUUUCCGAAUACGGAAGGCCCCAACCGCCCCCGCAGACGCACCCAGGGACAUCAUAGCGAUUACCAGGGACAUAUCUGUUAAAUCUGCAAUCCUGACCCGAUCAAGAAGCACCCCCACCGUCGCCCUGGAUGGAUGUUCCAUCCGUAUAUAUGAGGACUUACCUUUUAACAUCCUAUUUGAGAGACGGAGGUUCAUGCCUGUGACAAGGAAGCUCCGAGAAAAUGGGAUAAGAUACAGAUGGGGAGCAUCGGGCACUCUUGUGGUGCAACAAGGGGACUCUAUCCUAACCCUGUCGGCGCAGGAAGACCCAGCGGGUUUCCUGAAGGCGCUACACCUAUUGCAACAGACUACCACCACGCAGGCCACAGUUACAACCUCCACAUCUGAAGUGUCCAGCCUAGAGAGACGAUCAUUCAACGAAGCUGGAACAGCGCACAAAAAAUCACGACUGUUGAACCCGACCAAGACCUAACCAGCCGGGGAACAACCGGCGUCUCCUGGGCCUCCUCAACCCUGACCCCGCUAACACUUCACCGGGACUGUGCCAGCCUCUUUCCCAGUGCAGAAACGUUCACUGACACGGCUACUGUGGUAACCCUUAGCUAUAAGUACUAAGCCUAUGGCAUGCCAGAAGGCAAUUUCUCUAUACAUACAAGAGACAAACGGCAAAUGUACAAGUUUUUGAUAAUUCUCUGAGUCUUAAAUUUUUAUUACACUUCAUAUAUUCUAUAUUUUUUUGUUAUUUUUUUUAAUUAAUUUAUUUAUUUAUUUUAUUUUUUUUUUUUGUUAUUAUUAUUAUUCCCCAUUAUUAUCACCGUCUGCUAUUAAGACUUACUAGGUGAAAUUUAACUACGGCACCCCAGCCUGCUAAGCACUAAAAUGCACAGCCUUAGACCACAUACGACGCACAGGCUUUACUAAUAUUGAUGUUGACAUUAAUGACUGUAAUUUACUAACUCAAAUUGUGCUCAUUAAGUGUGGCUCUCGCGGGAGAGGCACCGGCACAUAACAGGCAGUUAUACCUGAACUAGUUAAUUUGACAUAGAUUGAGACAACAUGCAUAUUUUUUAUACCUAAGACAUCUUUUUUUUUUUUUUUUUCAUAGCCCUAAGCUGCAAGGUUGCUACAAGCAUAAUUGUCCCACGGGGGCCACCUUACUCGCAUAAGCUGGGCCUACGACCCAUGCGCGGCGUCGCUACCAAGACAUGCUACCAAAGAUUGUUUGUAGGUGCCAUCACUAUGAGACCACCAGGUCCGGGCAUGGUGUGUACAACGAAGGGUAGGUCAGAUGUCUGAGUUUUUUUAAAUCCACAGACCCCUACCAUAGCAAUUACCUGAGCCCCCUGGAGACUACUGCUCCAAUUUCAGUGCAUAUUGGGAGGAUAUGCAGCAGCACAGUUUUAAGGGCAAUGUUUGGGUAUCCUAUUUUUUUUUUAUUUAUUUUUUUUUUUUUUUUUUAUGGGUACUUUCUCAUACUCAAAACGUAUUUUUAUUCCUUUUAAUUUAAAUUUAAUUUUUUAUUUUUUUUAUUUUCUCAUACCUAUUGUUAACGACCAUACGUUUACACCCUGUAGCACCAAAAUGUGCGACUGUAUUCUACCAUGUUAAAGCAUUGCUUAAUUGCGCCUGUGCCUGCUGUUGGGGCACCACAGGCUUGUCUGUACAUCUUGUUGCACAAAAUAAAAUAAAGAAUUUAAAAAAAAAAAAAAAAAAAAAAGAUAUCUCAAUUAUUAGAAAAUGGAGUACUUAAAUCUUUUCCUCAACUGAGGAAUGAUUUUAACCUACCAUCACAAGAACUAUUAAACUUUUUAAGGUUAAAGAGUUUUUUUAACAUCACAUCUAAUAAAAUUGGAUUAUUUAGAGUCAAAUAGAAUAAAAACAUUAUUCAACUCAAACCCUUUAGAAAAACGAUUUGCUAAAGCUUUAUCUUUAAGUAGAUCCCUCAUGAAAGAAUAAAAACCUACAGCUUUAAAUACGUGGAAAUAACUGAACGUUAACAUAGAAAUGAGUGACUGGGGUCCACACACUCUUUGAAUAUGUUGGCAUCUCAUUACAAAGUAAUCAAUAGAUGGCAUUUAGUUCCAGAUAAACUGCAUAGGAUGUUUCCCAUAGCAGACCAUUUAUGUUGGAGAUGUGGGUCAUCAAUAGGUACAUAUCUUCAUAUUUGUGGAACUGCAUAAAAAUACAAAAAUUAUGGGAUGAAGUACAUAAAUUUAUUGCAAAUAACCUACAUUUUUAAAUGAAUUUCACUCCAGAAGUAGUAUUGUUGCAUUUAAACUGGCCCACUAUGAACCCCAGUGAAUAAUUUAAUUAUAACUCACUUAUUUUUAGCCACUAAAAUUGUCAUAUCCAGAAACUGGAAAAAUUGAAAUAUCAUUCCUUGGUCAUAGGUAAUAAACAAACUUAAAUUUCAGAUCAAAAUGGAACAAAUGUUUGGACUACAAAUUCUCUGUAAGAAACUUGCUUUAUGGAACGCAUGUUAGGAAUUAACUAGUAAAAUCAAAUUUUAUUUUUAGUUUAAGAAGCAAACAAGACAAUUUGGUAUCCCCGGACUGAAUUAGUAACCGUUUUUGUAAAAGUGCAGUUUUUAAUAUAAAAGAUAUGUAGGAAAACUUUUACUAUGAGUAUCUCCCUCCCUCUCCGUCAAUUAAGAUAUUAGCAAUACAUAUCGGUGUGUUUGCUUGUUUAUUAUGUCUAUGUCUAUUUGUAAAUAUGUUAAGUAAUAGGAUGUCCUGGUAAGACACUUUAAAUGACCUAAGUAAUAUGUAUAAAGGUAUUAGUCUGUUGUAAUCCAUAUAUGCAAAAUAAUAACUGGACUAAUCUUGUAUCAUGUAUUGCAUGUUGUUUUGUAUCAAAUGUAAAAAAAAAUUCUUAAUAAAGAUUAUUUAUAAAAAGAAAAAAAAUAAGAAGCCACAACAAAAAAGACCCCGAAGUCAGGUUGAAACGUUUCCGGUUCCACACUGGUGGAAUAAAUCUCUUUGACAUUUAUUGUGGUGUUGCAGUAACUUAUUGUUUUUCUACAUACACAUUCACAGAUACACACACACUGACACAUACACACUCAGAUUUAGACACAAAUAAAAUCAGACACAUACAAACACUGACACAUAAAUACUCACACAAACAUGCAGGGUCCUGCUGCAGGAGUGCGGGUUUGGUGCUCCCCUUGCACCUCCCCACUUCUGUGCUUGCUCUCUCCCUGUCCUGUAGCUCCCUCUGAAUUUUGAAGGAAGUUACAGACGCUCACUUCCUGCCAGCAUUAAUUAUGUGACAGGGGCCCAGUUGUGCUGUUAAAGGGCUGCUGCAUUCAACUGAGGCCCUUUUCAGAAGUACACAUCGGGUGGCCCUAAGUGUACUGGCACUAGUUCUGCCACUGUGUUUUGUAGAUACGACAAGGUUUUGAUUGAAGAGUUAAACAAACCUUUAGUGACUGUCUUCCUGACACUGCAACAAUCUAGUGUUAUACGGUUAAGUGACAUUCGACAUCCAAGAGGACGUCAAACGUCAUCAAAUGCAGAUCAUAGAGAAAUAUUGAAUUCAGUACUUCCCUAUGAGAAGCAUUUCAUUGGGCACACGUGUGAUGCUUGCUGUGUACGCUCAUCUUGUCUCCAAUGCACCUCUAGGAUCAGAAUUGGACAAGAAGCCAGGAAGUGAUGCCCAUAGCAUGAAGUCGCAGAAGGAGGAGUAAGCGACAGCACCAAAUAAGUCUUAAUGCUGGGGGAAAAUAUAAUUAAAAAUCUUUUUUUAAACUAUUUUUUAUGUAGCAAGUGGGGACCUUGAAUCUAAAUAGGGAGUUGGGUAGCAUUAGGACUACAUGUAUGUGUUCCUAACACUAUAGUGUUCUUUAAAGCUAAAAUAGUUAAAGUCAAAACAAAGCCUUGUGCAUUUUUAUGACAAUUGACACUUUAGUGACUAACCAGGUCAGGUUCCUGUUUUCAUAAUGAGCAUGCCCCUAAACACUGUAUAUAGGGUAGUAUAAUCUAACCCUUGGCACCCCAAAUGCAGUAAACUAAAGGGGUUAUAUUUGAAAGAGCUGUUCUUAGCCGUGAAUUAAAAACUUGGAGCAAACUGGGACAUUGGCCUUAUUUAGAAUUUUGCCUCUGACUGGCACAUGGUACACGUUAAAGGGUUGGUCCAAGCACCUCCAUUGCUUCACUUAUUUAAAGUGGUCAUAGAGGCAGAGCACUGUGGCAACAGACAACCAAUGGCGGGAGGAAGUGAUGUCAACGGACAAAGAUCGGGCCGGGACCUUUUCUUCGUUGAGAUAUUUGAGACAGCCCUUUAAUUAUACAGACGUCUGCCAGAUCAAGGACUUUGAAAACCAAUUUAGUUUGAAUCUGAGAACCAGAGCUUUUUGUUUUCUAAGUAAUCUUCAUCUACUCACUGACCCAAGUGAACAAUGUACAUACAGCUAUCUAUUUACCUAAGGCUACCUUUAUGUUUUCGUGAAUACAUGAUUGAUGAGAGUACAUGAAAAAUGUUGUCCUGUAGUAUGUAUAAGUGAUAUGUGUUUACGAUUAACUGGUGGUGCAACCAUAUAUGCAUUCAGUGAUGCUCAGAUAGUCAAAUACUAUUGGCACACUAGCUGUUGUUGGCUACAUAUGCCAUAAUGACUAAGCAGUGGAAAAAGCUGUCCACAACAGCUCCCAUGUGGUUUUGGUGGCAGGUUUAAUAACGUAACAUGUUGGUGAAGCCAAAGCUCUUUUCUUACAGAAAAAAAAGUUAUUUACUAAUGUGUGAUUUUUCAUUAUUUUCAUUUCAUAGUAAUUCUGUGAAUGCUCUUUCAGUUGUGUGUCUUGAUGGGUAACAUAUCUGAGCGAGGCUUACAGUCACAAUCAUUUGGCAAAUUACAAGAUAUAUUAGACAAUGGGUGAGAUCUAUCUUGCAGAAUAGCCUGUGCUUUUUAAGUGAGAUGCUUAUAUUAAGUAUACGUUAAUUAAUUAUACAUUCUAUUUAAAAAAAAAUAAGUUUAUUAUGCUAUAAUUUGUUCUUGCUUUAAGAAACAUGUAUUGAAACACAUUUCUUUCCUUAACAGAAUAUCAGCACUGGCCUGGCCAUAGCUGGCGUGGUUUUGUUUGCAAGGAGUAUAAAACUGGUAAGUUGAGUUUUCAGCAGGUUAAGCAAUCUCCAGGGAUAUGAUCUUUAAAGUAAACACAUAUUCUGUGACUUGUUCUUAAUUCGUAGAGUUGCAAAUGCCUGCAGCAAUAAGAUUUUAGUUGUGACUCAUUCAUGCAAAAGCAAAAUUAUGUUUCACAGUAAUGGUUUUACAGAUUGGAAACUAGUUUCUAAAAUUCAGUUAUAUGAUUGAAGUGGUAAAUAUACCAUGAAUAGAGGCUGGAUGACCUACUAUUGUGAGCAAGAGACUGCUUCACUAGAUAAUGGGUCACUGACUAUUACACUGAGUUAUUGUUUGGUGGUGAAAGUACCUGUGUAUGUUAUGAGAUCAUUACAUACCCUCUCACCUACCACUCCCCUUUCCUACCUGUUAGCAAGUAGUGGGACACUUUUUUGUUCUUGCUACCAGAGGUGAUGUCAUAGCAAUAUGGUCCAAUGGCCACGGUGUAACGAGAAUAUACCCCUACACGCAGGAUCCAGCUAAACAGAAGCCAAUACAGAGGAGAGAUACGUCUACCGGACCUUAGAAUGGCCGGACUCGACGUAUAUUAGAGGAGACAGAGCCAGGAACAAACCGAGGUCAAGGGCACAGAGAGACAGCGUAAACUAGGACAAGCCGGGGUCUGGUACACGGAAAACAGCAAGCCGGCAAACAGUACAGAUAAGGAUAAAGCGAAAACGAAGUCAGAAUACGAAGCCAAAGUCAAUGCGAGAAAACACAACUGAACACCACAAGCGCUAAAGGGAACUGAAACAGAAACCACGAUAGGGCAACGAGCUAAGGGAAAAAGGUAAGUUUAAAUAGCUUUUAAGCGAAAGUGAUUGGCUCCUGUCACUUCCACACCCCCAAAAGGUAAUUGUAUAGGGAGUGUGGUAUGACAGGAGCCAAUGGGAGCCUUUUGGCAAUUAGGCUCCCACUGUCUCUUUAAGGGCGCGCCCGAGACUCGCGGCGCGCUCUUAGUUUCAGGCGGGACACGUGACCGCUUCACGCGGUCACUGCCCGCCUUCCAUCUAAAGCAGUCGGAUGAGCCGCGCGCGGCUCGUGCAGCCGCAGGACCGUACGCGGCUUGAAGAGAGGACCGCGACCGGCCCCCGGUUAAGGUAAGUAACGCCUCCGGGCGGGUAGGACCAGGCCUGGCAGGAAAACGAGAAUGGAAAGAGCGCACAAGGCGGGGAGCAUGAACAGCAUCAGCCGAAAUCCAACUGUGCUCCUCAGGCCCAUAACCCUUCCAAUGUACCAAGUACUGAAGUCGACCCCUAAGGAAACGAGAGUCAAGAACAGCAGACACUUCGAACUCCUCAUGACCCUCCACAGAGAUAGGAGGGGGAGGAGGAGUAUGCCGGGUAUAGCGGUUGCGCACGAAAGGUUUCAACAAUGAGGUGUGAAAAACAUUAGGAAUACGUAGAUUCUUAGGCAGGCCUAAGGCAUAAGAAACAGGAUUAACCUUAUGUAUAAUACGAUAAGGUCCAAUGAAGCGGGGAGCCAAUUUCAUAGAAGGCACCCGGAGACGAAUAUUCCGUGUGGAAAGCAAAACCCUGUCCCCCACAACAUAGGACGGAGCUGCUCUGCGAUGCUUGUCAGCCUGAGCCUUCUGGCGAGUAGCAGAGUCCACCAAAGAGCGCUGAACCUGCUCCCAAGUAUUACGCAAACCAGCCAAAUGCUCAUCCAGAACUGGCAUGCCCUGUGAGGAGAAUGCAGCCGGAAGAACAACGGGAUGCUGGCCAUAGACAACGUAAAAAGGGCUCUUGCCGGAAGAAUCAUGAGUGGCGUUAUUUCGAGCAAAUUCAGCCCAAGGAAGCAGGUCAGACCAAUUGUCCUGAUGGUGAGACACAAAACAACGGAGGUAUUGCUCCAGAGACUGGUUGGCACGUUCAGCAGCCCCAUUAGACUGGGGAUGAUAAGCGGAAGAAAAUGAGAGAGAAAUACCCAUUUCUGAACAAAAGGCCCUCCAGAACCUGGAAAUAAAUUGGCUACUCCUAUCGCAUACAAUAGAUACGGGAAUACCAUGUAAUCGAAAUACUUCUCUAGCGAAGAUAUGAGCCAGUUCCUUGGAUGUGGGCAACUUGUGAAGAGACACGAAGUGAGCCAUCUUGGAAAACCGAUCCACUAUCAUCAGGAUUACUGUGUUACCAUUUGAAGGGGGUAAUUCAACAAUAAAAUCCAUGGACAGGUUACACCAAGGUCUCUCGGGAACGGGUAACGGAUGCAACAGCCCACAAGGAACUCUACGGGAGGAUUUCAUACAGGCACAAGUAGUACAAGCACUUAUAUAGUCAGUGACAUCCUUUCGUAAGGAAUCCCACCAAAAAUACCGAGAAACAGCUGACACCGUUUUGGAAAUACCAGGAUGUCCAGCAGUCUUAGUAUCAUGAUAUAAUGACAUAAUAUCCGUCUCUCGGAAACAUCAACGAACAGUUUAUCAUUAGGCCUCUCGCUAGGUGCCAUGCUUUGUUUCGCUUGUAUGGCCUGCAAGAGGGACGAGGAAAUAGACAAAAUAGUAGUAGCUAUUAUCCUGUCUGGGGAAUGACAGGAGUAACAUCAAUCUCCUGUUUGUCAGUAGUUUCGAACUGUCUGGACAGAGCGUCUGCUUUAGUGUUGCGAUCACCUGGCCUAUAGGUGAUAAUAAAAUUGAAACGGGACAAAAAUAGUGACCACCUAGCCUGCCUGGAAGACAAUCUUUUGGCUUAGCUAAGGUAGGAUAGGUUCUUGUGAUCCGUAAAAAUGAGGAUAGGAUCCUUAGUUCCUUCUAACAAAUGUCUCCACUCUUUAAGUGCUAAAAUAAUAGCAAGGAGUUCGCGAUUACCCACAUCAUAAUUUUUCUCUGCUUUGGACAUUUGUUUAGAAAAGAAGCCGCAUGGAUGCAAUGGCUUUUCAGGCGACUCUCUUUGGGAUAGGACAGCACCUACCCCAAUAUCCGAAGCAUCAACUUCAAGAAUAUAAGGCAGUGAGGGGACAGGAUGCUGUAAAAUAGGUGCAGAGGCGAACGUAGUUUUAAGAAAUUCAAAAGCCUGAAGUGCCUCGGUAGACCAAACACGAGUAUUGCCAUCCUUUUUAGUCAUACGGGUAAUAGGUGCUACAAUGGACGAGAAACCUUUGACAAAACGUCUAUAAUAAUUGGAGAACCCAAGAAAACGCUGAAUAGCUUUCAGACCUUGCGGUAGAGGCCAUUCUAUUACAGCAGCAAGCUUCUGGGGAUCCAUACGAAAACCUUUAGCGGAAAUCAAAUACCCCAAGAACUGGACUUCGGUUUGGUCAAACAAACAUUUUUCUAGCUUGCAAUAAAGACCAUUAGCAAGAAGGGUCUUCAAAACUGUCGUAACAUGUCUGUGAUGAGUGUGUAUGUCUGUAGAAUAUAUUAAAAUGUCGUCCAAGUACACGAUAACAAAUGUGUGAAUAGGGUUGGUGGGAUUGGUUUGGGUUUUCAACAUAGUAGCAUGCUCCUAAGAUUGUGACGACAACACAUGAAUAAAAUGGUAAAGUGUAGGUUUUGAUGAUUUUGUUUGGUUUAACAAUGUAGAUUGCUGAUACUGCUUAUGGCUGGAAGGAUCUAUCGACAUGAUAGUUGUACUAUCCGUUUGCAGGUUGGAUAUCGGGGUAGUGGUGCAACAGGUUGACUAAACAAUCAUGGGUUCGGUACAUGAAGGUGCUGAUUAAAUAUGGGUAUAGCAAAUGAACAAAAGGAGGACUGGUAGGUACCUUAAUAGAAUUCAAAGGUGUGACUUCAAACGUACAAGACUCGUGGCAGGCCUCACUCCAUGAUUUUAUUUGCCCUGUCUCCCAGUCAAAAUGGGAUUGUGAGCACGUAACCAUGGAUACCCUAAUACUAACUGUGAAGAGGGAGAGUUGAUGACCUGGAAUCGAAUGGUUUCAUAGUGUAAAACCCCUGUGUACAUGUGUAAUGGUACAGUCUCAUGAGUAACAACUGGAGAACUUAAUGGUCUACCAUCUAUGUCCUCAACGGCCAAGGGUAUCUCCUUCUCUCUGAUGGGAAUGUUGUUUCUCUUUAUAAAGCCAGAGUCUAUAAAAUUUUCAGCUGCCCCAGAGUCAACCAGAGCAUAUAUGUUGUCAACUAUACAAAUCUCCCCCAUAUAUAAAGAAACCGGGAGAAGCAAGCGGUUAGGAGGCAAUUUAGGAGACUUAGAUAUCACACCCAAGGCCAGUCCCCUAUAAGGUCUUAGGUGCGAGAGUUUUCCGGGAGUAAAGGACAUUCCUUUACCAUAUGGUCUCUCCUACCACAGUAUAGGCAGAGUCCCUCCCUUCUCCUAUGUAAUUUCUCAGUAUCAGAGUUUGGCAACCCCUAAUUGCAUAGGUUCCUCCUCAGACACUUUAACACUCUCUGGUAUAUUAACUCUGGGGUUAAUGGGUGUAACAAAACGUCUAUUCCUGUUCUUGGUAUAGAGCCUGUCACGAAUUCUAAUAUCUAUAUCAAUGAGGUAAUCAAUAAGGUCCUCUAAGGCAAUAGGAAGCUCCUUAGCUGCUACCUCAUCCAAUAUCGUAUCUGACAAACCUUCCAUGAAGGCAGUAGUUAACCCAUUGUUGGUCCAAUCUACCUGCGAAGCAAGAGUGCUAAACUGAAUAGCAUAAUCAGCCACAGACCUAGAACCCUGUUUAAUUCUCAUUAAUGCUCUCGCGGCAUUCUUUGACCUUUUCAUUGUGUCAAAAGUUCUACGAAAAGCCGUAAGAAAACUGUUGAAAUCAUGUACCAUAGGUCCAUUAGCUUCCCAAAUAGGAUUUGCCCACUUAAGUGCCUUAUCGGUAAGUUGGUGCAUAAAGAACCCAACCUUAGACCUCUCUGUGGGAAAUGAACGUGGAUACAUUUCGAAGUGGAAUUCAAUUUGAUUAAUAAACCCUCUGCAAGUCUUAGAGUCCUCCAUACCUAGGAGGAGGUGUUAAAUGGGCCGAAGUAUUAGGCAAAGUAGAUACUUCAGGGAGAAGGGGCGUAGGAGGGUUAGGUGUGGUUGCUGGAACGGUUCUAGCUAGGAGCGUCUGGAGAGCCUGAGCUAUCUGAUCCAUACGGUGAUCCUGCUCUACAAAUCUUGCCUCAUGGGACGCCAUCUGUUGAGCUAAAUCUGCGGGGUCCAUGGCCCCAUCGUAAUGUAACGAGAAUAUACCCCUACACGCAGGAUCCAGCUAAACAGAGGCAAAUACAGAGGAGAGAUACGUCUACCGGACCUUAGAAUGGCCGGACUCGACGCAUAUGAGAGGAGACAGAGCCAGGAACAAACCGAGGUCAAGGGCACAGAGAGACAGCGUAAACUAGGACAAGCCGGGGUCUGGUACACGGAAAACAGCAAGCCGGCAAACAGUACAGAUAAGGAUAAAGCGAAAACGAAGUCAGAAUACGAAGCCAAAGUCAAUACGAGAAAACACAACUGAACACCACAAGCGCUAGGGAACUGAAACAGAAACCACGAUAGGGCAACGAGCUAAGGGAAAAAGGUAAGUUUAAAUAGCUUUUAAACGAAAGUGAUUGGCUCCUGUCACUUCCACACCCCCAAAAGGUAAUCGUAUAGGGAGUGUGGUAUACAGGAGCCAAUGGGAGCCUUUUGGCAAUUAGGCUUCCACUGUCUCUUUAAGAGCGCGCCCGAGACUCGCGGCGCGCUCUUAGUUUCAGGCGGGACACGUGACCGCUUCACGCGGUCACUGCCCGCCUUCCAUUUAGAGCAGUCGGAUGAGCCGCAGGACCGCGCGCGGCUAGAAGAGAGGACCGCGACCGGCCCCCGGUUAAGGUAAGUAACGCUACACACAGUGAUAAGAUAUUUAGAUAUAUGUUUGUAACAUUUGUGUAUAAUUGUAUACUGCAAGUAGCAAAUAUUUAUUUCCACCAGAGGUAUAAAAGAUUUAGUCCAGAUCAUGUUCGGAAAGUAAAUGCUAUAUCAACUUUUUUUUACCAAUCUAUUUUUUGUCUACAUUGUUUGAAAUGGCAGCAUACUAGUGUUUUUGACAGACUACAACAGUGUGAAUACAAUUGUUUCUCCUAUGUACUACUAUUAAAGGCUUACUCACCACAUUUUUAAUGAACAUUUUUAUUUUUUCGACUGUCCUACUGGGGAUUAGUAAUUAGGUCACCUCCUUAUAAACCUGCAAAAUAAGCUAUAAAUUUUCCUGGAAUCCAGUACCAAGUGAGGUUACCCUCGCCAUGGUUUCCAUGCCCAAUCUGACAUCACUAUUUCCAUUGCAAGAUCCAAUCAAAGGGUUUUCUUUGGCUCAGAGUGCAUGCUCGCUGUCUAAACUGAGGAGGUAAUGGAGAUAGAAGUGGAGUGCAGGCAGGGAGAGGAGCCCAGUGAGCUGUUCUAAAUUGGUUUGAUGAAUUACAUUGGGGAGGCACCAAAGCACUCCUGGUGCCAUAAUCAAUACAGCACUCUUUAGUGGUUAUGGUGCUUAAAGUGGUUGGUUUAAUGGAUCUGCCUAAGGAAGGAAAGCAGCAACAAAAAAGAAAAAAAAAAGAAUUUACAGUGCAUAAAAUUUUGUUUUGUUAGAAGACCAAGUCUGGGGCAAAGUUUAGACACCCAGAUUAUAAGCUAAUCAACAAAUAGAAUGUCCCAGCUGAUUUUCCUGCUGUGAGAACUUUACACAAUAAUUUCUUUUUCUACAUAACCGCAAUGCUUUAAAUCAAUGUUUUCCUCUUACUGUGUACACAUAGAUUAGCAAUCAAAUGUAUAUACUAUUGUAAUGCUCUUCAAUUGCACUGUAUACAUGGUUUAGAGACUUUCAAUAACAUAGCCCUAUAUCCCUUCACAGUGAAUACCAGUUUGGAUCUCAAAUAUCUCAUAAUCAAAAGUGUGAGGUAGUGUUUAUAAUGAGUCUUGGGUAUAAUCUAUACAUUUUUUUCCCAGCCUAUAUUGAGCUUCACAAGAGGUCCAAGCUUUUGCAUUCCAUAAUUGCAUUCAACCUCAGAUAUAUUUGCAUGCAUACUGCAUGUGUACAACUUUAAUUUCAUGAAAGCAACAGUUUGUUGGGAGAGCCCCCAUUUUUUUUCUAGUUUUUUUUCUUUUUUUCUUUUUUGCUAGUAAAAACAGUUUAACAAUAACCUAAAGGAGUGAACCCAAAGAUUUAAUGCACUACAUUAACUACAAUACACUGUAGUGAUUGUGGUGUUUACAAUCACUAUUACAGUUUGAUUAUGUGGAGGAAGGGGGGUUCUUUUUCUAUAUAAUUUUCUAGUUAGAGUUACGUCCUUGGGCAAACAUUUUUUUAAACUUAUUUUUUUUAAUGAAUGCUAUCUUAAAAGGAAGCUUUAAAUAAUACAUUUUCCCUUAUGUGUUUUUGCAGGCUAACAGCUCCUUAGCUUCUAGUCUCCCAUUUCCUUUUCAAAUCUCAACCUGUUUCCCUUCUGGAGCCAAUCAGAGUGAAGCAAUAAUUCACUAUUAGAAUCAUUACGUCAGGACUAAGGCUCAUUUCCAACCUUGUCAGUAUAUAACUUUCCAAAAAAAUGUUGCUAUCAACAACAGGCAGUAACUAGUAGUUUCCAAACUUGUUGCUAUUUUUUCUAUUGGCUAUCUUUUUUCUAUUUCUAUCUUUUUUUUUUUUUUAAUGUAAUUCUUUAUUUUAUCGUGUACGAAAAAUACAAAGAGGCAAGCAAUGCCACAACCGCUAUUGACAGCUUUUAGGUCAACAUUUAAAGACAUUCAUUUGGCAUAUCAGAAGAUUGCACAUUUUAUUUUAUAUUAUAUUGUAGAUUCAUCAAGGAUUAGAUCAACAUGUCAGUUAUAAGAUAAGGCAGACAUAAUACUGAUUCGGAUUAACAUACUGACUUUUUGUAAGAUUAUAGGGUCACAAGCUUAACUAAGGCUUAUUUGUGUGAGUUAAAAAAAUGAAAAGCAUAACUAAGCACAAGGUAAACAAAUUAGGUAACUGCUUUUAUAAGGUAAAUUAUGAUCAUCUAACAUUGCUUAAUAGUGAAUGGAUGUAUAUCCCUGGGUAGUCAAAUACACAAUGUAUAGGUUGGGAAACCCUAUCUCUUUCUGUGCUGUGCUAUCUUUAAUCAAUGCGUCAUUUAACCUAUGCCUUCCACUGCAUGCCUAGUGGCCUUGUGAGAGAAAUUACAGAGUCCUGCUUCGUGUUACCCCACCAGUCCCAGAUUAGGUGGCUGUUCCCCUCUCCGGUCUCAUUACUCCAUCGUGCGGUUGCAGGCAAGAUAUUUGCACCGGGCCCUCUAUAAGGGUUCCACUGCUCGUGGUGGGCGGAGAAUAUCCGCGGGGUUCAGUGGUGUUGAAGGGUUCUUCUCCAAAGGAGAAGUGGUCUGCAGGUUUCAGCUGGGCCGAGCCAUCUGCGUUGGGACACUUUAUGAGGCCUCCACCUCCGCUUCCCCACUUGUCAUACUGCGUUAGGUAUUAGCCCGGACUGCAACGAUUUGUAUUCGUUCUGUAAGGGGCUGGCAUGGAGCGAGGUCGCAACGGCAGGUCUUGUCUGGCGCUGUUUGGUGUGUUCCCAGUAUUGCUUCCAGAAGCGUUUGAAGGCCAGAGCAAUGCGGUCACUGGUGUCUGGGUCGUUCUUGGCCUCCACUGAGCGGGUUUCCUGCUCCGCAUGUACCCUCGGGUCCAGGUGUGGUGAGUGUGUGGAGAACCUUGAUGACUCCUGCCGGCCAUGGGGGGGGGGGGAGAUGGGAGCAAGCUCGGGCUCAAGAGCUUGGAGAGUGGCCGCAAGGCUUCAUAAGUGGUGUUGCCAGGCUGUGAAUAGGUGGCCCGCUGUGGCAUUGUAUACUUAAAAGUCAUUCUUGACUGGAAGAGCCUGUAAUGUUAGGGACUCAGGCCCAGAGCUUGGGCAGCAUGAGACCAGUCGGCUCAGCAGUAAGGCUCUGCCCCAUAUUUGACUAUUUUAAAGGUAUUUAUCACUACUUUUUAUGAAUUGUUAUGGUAUUGAAUAUGUAUUGCGCAACAUUUACUAAUGUUUGUUUUCCUGCAGCCUUAAAUGUCCCUUUAACCCCUUAAGGAGGUUAUGCCGUCCUUGGGGACCUGGCUCUUAACGCCGGGGAGCGGCAUAGCACAUCCCUGCCGUCCUAUUUACUUACCCGGUCACCGGCGAUCACGGUGGGGGACUCAUCUGGCAUCCCAGGGAGUCCCCUGCUGCUGAUCCGGCCUUCCUGGGCUUGCAAGGAAUUCACGAUCACAUGGACGGCAUAGCCGUCCGCAGCAUUGCAAGCAGGGGGAGUGCCUGUAAUGACAGGUACUCCCCCUGCUGCCUGAAAUAAAUAAAAUAAAAGUUAAAACACAGUUUAAAAUCAAAUAUAUAUACUUAGAUCAUAUAUAUAUUUAUUAUAUAUAUAUGAUCUUAUAUAUAUAUAUAUAUAUAUAUAUACACAUAUACUGUCUAAGUGUAUUUUAAUAUUAAUAGAUUAAUAUCAAAAUACACAUAGAAUGAUAUUGAUUAAAUAUAUUUAUAAUUAUAUAUAUAUUUAUAUAUAAUAUAAAAUAAAUAUAUAUAUGUAAAUACAUUUAAGAAUUAAAUUUAAAAAUGUAAAAGUGUAAUUUCAUUCUAACUGAAUUUUAAAAUUAAUAUAUAUAGAUAGAAAAAUACACAUAAAACGAAAUUAUAUAUAUAUCUAUAUACAUAAGUAUAUACGUAUAAAUCACUGUGUGUGUAUAUAUAUAUAUAUAUAUAUACCUAUAUAUAAAUAAAAAUAAUUUUAAAAAAAUAUAUAUAUAUAUAUAUAUAUAUAUAUAUAUAUAUAUAUAUAUAUAUAUAUACACACACGUGUAUAUAUAUAUAUAAUAAUUCUACGUAUAUAUUUAUGUAAUAAUUUUACAUAAUUAGGUAAUUUUAUUAAUUACAUUUUGCGGGACACUAAUAUUUGUGUUUAGCGAAGUCUCCGGAGUAUAACAGUACCCCUCAUAUACAGGUUUUAUGGUGUUUUCAAAAGUUACAGAGUCAAAUAUAAGGCUUGCGAUUCAGUUUUUUUCACAUUGAAAUUCGCCAGAUUGGUUACGUUGCCUUUGAGACCGUAUGGUAGCCCAGGAAUGAAAAUUACCCCCAUGAUGGCAUACCAUUUGCAAUAGUAGACAACCCAAGGUAUUGCAAAUGGGGUAUGUCCAGUCUUUUUUAGUAGCCACUUAGUCACAAACACUGGCUCUGGGUUUGUAAGUACCCUAUUUUCCUUACUUGCCAUAAAACUUAGGUUAUUGCACCAGAUGUGCUUUCCUUUAUCUGUUUUAGAAUACAAGAAAGAGAAGAACUCACAUUAAAGAAGGGAUAAGGGUCGCCUUUACGGACCUCAAAAGCGUUUUUAUUGAGCUAUAUAUACUUAGCUCUUAAAAGUGUGAGUGGGAAAUUUGUAUUCUUCUUUAUAUAUACCUACCUUUGUACCACAGUUUGCACUAUGUUCUGUUUUUUUUGCUUAUAUUUUUAGGAAACUACAUAAGAACCAUUGUGAUUUAUAAUAGACAAGCCAAGGUAUCUUUGUAAUACAUUUCUGUUCUCCAUUGCACGGCACACUCUCUAUUUUUGGUUACCCAUUUAUAUAGCGCUUUACCUCCACACUGGUUAUACAACUACAUGUCUGUUCGUCCAUCCAUUGUAAAGCGCUGCAGAAUUUGAUGGCACCAAAUAAAUAACAUAAUAAUAAUAAUAAUAAGUGUGGGUACACAAAUAUGAAAGAGGUGAAUUAUGGUUAAACAGACAUAUACCGCAAGUUUUUGUUUACGUUUUGUUUCAUCACAACGUGUACAUUAAGGGGUUAAAGGGGCACUCCAGGCCCCAAAACAAUUUAAUCUAAAUUAAGUUGUUAUGGUGCCAGAAGCCCCCGAAUGCACUCUCACCUUCAGGGGUUAAACUGUUCUCAAACAGUCUCCGGGGGGGAGGGGAGGCUAGAUAGGGUUUUAACUCUCUAGGGUCAGGAAUACAUGUUUGUAUUCCUGACCCUAUAGAAGAAAGAAAGUUACAAAAACAAGUCUAAAAUGGCGUUUUAUUAUUUACCUACAAAGGUUGCACUUUAUCUCAAUAACUGGUCCUCCUUCUAAAUGAGAAAAUGCAUUUUUGUUUGUUUCUUUAUUUUUGCUCUAUAGCAGGCAAACCAACUUUUCAGAACAUUAAAUGGUUCCUCCCAUAAAAUUAUUAUUUAUAUUGUCUUAAUUGGUAUUUUGAAAACACAGAUUGACAUUUUGGGAUAACCAAACUUGACAGUGCAUGUAAUUGGCACCAAGAAAACCCUUCUUGUUCACGUGUGCUCCACAAAAAUAGAAAAAAUUAGGGCAGCGCAAACAAUUGCAAAUGUGCACACCAAGUGCUACAAAAAGAUUUAUUUUCAAACGUUUCUAUACCCUUUAUCAAUUCAUGUCCUUGUUCAUGUGUGCUGUUGUAAUCCCUACACAAAAAAAUUAAUUUUACAUUUUUAGAAAAGAUAAAUUUGUAUCUAGCUUUUGUUUAAUCACUUUGUUUGUGACUCAGACUUUGCAUAAAAUUGAUAAUUAGAAACAAUAUUUAUAUAUGCUUUUAAUUUCUUAAAGGUAACAAAAUUCACAAGUGCCAAAGACAUACCAGAGAAAUUUAUAAAGAAAAAUGUAAAGUUACGUGGAAAGUUGCUUUGUAUCACAGAAGAAGGCCUAGAAGUGGAGCAUGUGCCAAUUAAUCUUCCCUUUAUUACGUCCUUUCUGAACAGAUGUAAGUUCAUCAUUUUAUUAUGAAGUUCAUUAUCCUCAUAAUAAUGUGCUCAGUAAAUCAGGAAAAGGUUUAAAUGUAGAAACAAACAUGUUAUUCUAUGUUUAUAUGUACAUGGAAUUGAAUCAUUUCAAAAAUGAUCCAUAACCUACCUUUUUUGUGCUUGUAAAGCAUGCUCCUACCUAUCCCCAUAUUGUCUUUGUCACUGCUAUAUCUUCAGGCUCUAGAGUAGUAUAAUGGUAUAAGAAAAAAAAAAGAUUUCAGAGCACAUAUAAAACAUAUGUAAAACACAAAAGGCAGUAUGAAAACCUUUAAUCCUGUCACUGUGGAUUCCCUGCCAGGCUAUCAUGCAGUUGUUUUAUUGAAGACGUUUGCAUUUCUGUUUAGUUUUUUGUUGUUGUUAUUUUUGUUUGUAUCUGAGUUUUAUCACUUCCUUUAAACCAAUGAAACUGCUUAGUAGUUGUUUUCACUCCCACAAUGCUUUGCAAGCUGUAGCUGUGUUGACCACCAUGCAAUAUAAGGAGAACUUCUGUUUUUACAUUAAUUCUAAGCUCACAGUAGUAAUUGUAUUUACAUUUUCACUUAUUUUUAUAUAUAUACAUAUUUUCCACACCACUGCAGAAGAGGUAAGUACUUUGCAAAUAUAUGAUGUAUCAUAACCCUAACUCCUAUCAUCCUGCAGGGCAACGAGAUGGCAGUUUGUUUAUCAGACUUGCUGGCGUGCAGCUGACUCCAAGUGGCAAGAUUUGGUUAAGAGAGAAGCUCCAACCGUCACAAAUACUGUGGUUCCAACUUCUUCAAAGAGAAGGUUUAGCCCUUGAAUGUUUCGUUUUGGUCCCUAAAGUAAGAAGAAACUUGAAUUCCACAUGUUAACAUGUUUACAUAACCACCAUAACCACUACAGCACUCCCUAGUGGUUAUGUUGAUUGUAGUGUUUCUUUAACUUUGAACUUAACCACUCAAAUUUAAAACUACAUCUCACCUCCAAGCUACUUCAACCCUUUAAUCAAUUGUACUCACCUUUUCUUCAUAAAGGAGCGUUGGAAACUGUGAUGUGCAUGCACGGCAUGUGCCCAGACACACUUCUACCUGCUUUUCAUUGUAAAGCGUUGAAUUCAAUGCUUUUCUAUGAGCUACAACCCCACGUGACCAGGUAUUACUCAGUUGUAAAGGAAGCCAGCUAGAAGACAGCCAGUAGAGGUGUGUUUAACCCGGCAGUGUUUUAUUUUGCAGGACCCAUUCAUCCAGACCACCAUUGAGAUGAAGUGCUCUGGGUAACUUUAUUAAUUCUUUAAAGACACUUUCUGGUCUGAGAGAGAGCAGUGCAGAAUUAAAAUUCUGAGGAUUUGCACAAAUUGGAAAAACCUCAAAGACAUCUUUUAUUUUAUUUAAAUUUUUUAUGCAUUGCUUAUAUACAGUAAUGUGGUAUGGGUGCAAUUAUCAACUCCAGUCUGAGUUCCUUUAAAAUAAAUUUUCCUUUUAACUAUGAGUUAUGCUGCUAUUACCUAACAGCAGUGAUCCCAUCAGCCACUUACCAACCACUCAUGCAUGGUCAUCCUUCAAUUUCCUUGUUAUCUAUUCCUGUCUGGCUUUCACAUCAGCAUCUGUCCAGUAGAAUUCUGCCUUGAUUGUAGUAUUAAAGCAGCCAUCAUGUUAAAUUGAUCUUUUUUUCCUCUUUGUGAGUGGGUAAAUGUGACUUUUAACCUAUAUUGUGUACUCCUUAUGUUCCAGUCUGUCUCCUAUCCUAAACCUGUGCAUAAGCCAAUAUUCAUUAGUUUUAUGAUUCAUAGUGUCCCUCCCCCAGGGAUUCAUAGCUAAAUCAUUGGGACCAUCAUUAGUCCUAAAAAGCUCAAACCAAGGAGUUACACACAGGAAAAUGAAAUAGAUAAAACUUUGAGUGUAAUUAAGAAUCAUUGUGAAUAUAUUGACUUUAAAAAUCUGAUCUUUUCAUGAUUUAGUUAAUGAUAAAAAAUGACUGACAACUGAAACGUGACCCAUCUUCUUGUUUACUGCUUGCUGCAAGAGAGUUAGAUUUAUAUAUAAAAAAUACACACCCAAAAUAUCGCUGAGGUUCAUCACUCAACAAUAAUUAGAAGAUUUGCUGUUAUGUCCAGAGUUAUAAAUAGAAUUAACACUCAAUAGGGUGUUUAACAUACUUUCUUCAACUGUGUUACAGAUCUAGUUCACUUGAUAACCAGUGUGCAAACUGAUAUUGAUAUGUUCACACAGCAGUAUACUUUGCAGAUCCACUGCAUGAGUUCUGAUGCCUUCAGGUUUCUGAGCCUUCUGACCUGAAUCUUUAUAGCGAAUAUCAUACACAAUCAACAAAAUCGGGCGAUGGUUCUAUGAUUCUGUUCCCACAUUUAUUAAGCAGAAUAUAUAAAAUACUGAAAACGGGGAAGUCUCAUAUUAAAAAAAAAGGUAGUAAAAGAUAUACUACCCUAUUUUUCAAACUGAGGUGGAUCACUCUACUCUUAUCCUUUUUUUUAUAUUGUUGUGCAUAAGAGACAAUAUUUUUUACUUUUUUUUUUAAUUUUUUUAAAUGUGCUAACGUAACUAAGUUGCAUUAAAGGACCAUUAUAGGCACCCAGACCAAUUCAGCUUAAUGAAGUGGUCUGGGUGCCAGGUCCAUUUAAGGUUAACCCUUUUUGCUGUAAACAUAGCAGUUUCAGAGAAACUAUGGGUUAAUCCAGCCUCUAGUGGCUGUCUCAUUGACAGCCGCUAGAGGCGCUUCCGCGCUUCUCACUGUGAUUUUCACGGUGAGAAGACGCCAGCGUCCAUAGGAAAGCAUUGAGAAUGCUUUCCUAUGGACUGGCUGAAUGCGCAUGCAGCUCUUGCCGCGCAUGCGCAUUCAGUCGAUGACGGAAGAAGAGGGAGGAGAGCCCCAGCUCAGAGGUAGCCCGGCGCUGGAAAAGAGGUAAGGAAUUAACCCCCCUUCAGCGCAGAUGGAGUGGGACCCUGAGGGUGGGGGCACCCUCAGGGCACUAUAGUCCUAGGAAAACGAGUUUGUUUUCCUGGCACUAUAGUGGUCCUUUAAUAAAGCUUUUAUACUUUUUGAACAAUAAUAACCUUAUUAUUUGAUACAUUGAUGAACAAAGGCUGCAAACAUCACUUUAACCUGGAUAUUUUGCUGUGUACACAUAAUAGAAACCUGCUUUUCCAGAAUUUCAGGAGCUCUUUAUUUCUUGAAUUUUCAAAGAAGCACAAAAGACCCUGCAGUUAGAAAGCCUAAAAAUACAUUUCUACACUUUACCUUUUAGCAAUGUAGAUUGCAUGGGCAGUUACAUAUGGUUUUCUUUUAACACCAAAGAUGUGUAAAUUCCAACUGCAGCAUUAUACUGGCCUUUCAGAUUUCAUAUAACAGGUAUUCAGGUAAUUAGGAUUUUUAAAAAUUGAAAAUUCCACAUCCCCACAAAUGUUAUCUACACUUUCUCCACUCUCUCGCAUUUCCCUUUCUGAGCUGCCUCAUAUAUUUGAGGAAAUAAAGCAAAUUGCUAAAUAUCACAAAUAAUAUUUAUAUAUUUAAAAUAUUCGUUAAAAUUGCAGUGAAUCUAUUUAGUAAACAAGAAUUUUGUUUAGAUGCACAAAGUUCAUUAAAGACCAAAUUCCAACCCCAUUGGCAAGUCUCAUAUUUACUAAAGCCAAAUCUUUUUGAAGUUGAGCUAUUUGGCCAAAUGCAUUAGGUGUCAAUUUUAAAAUCAGUGCUUUUUGCAUCCUAAUCCUAUGUAAAUCAUAGGAUAAAGACCUUUACAAAUCACAGAUUCUACAGAAAUUCAGGACCAAGUGCAUAUGGUAAGAUGCACAACCACAAAUUAUCUUUGACUUGCUUUUUCAAAGCAAAUCAUUAUAUUCAGUGCUAUUUUCCAUCUGGUAGCUAGAUUAGGUUAUGUGGACUUACUAGCCAGCCUCCAUAUUAAAAAGGUAAAAUAAAAGCCUCUGGGUGUCUGUAUGACUCUUUCUAACUAUAGGGGUUUUCUACCAUUUCCUUAUGCCCCCACAUGCCAUGCCAUGGGUGGAGGCAUAUCUCCUAAAUUGUAAGCAAUCGGUGACUGCUCAUCAAUAAAACUAGAGAGUGGGCAGCUAGUAAACUAAUCACUAAACAGUGAAUUAUAUGUAUCUUGCUAAGGGUCUGCUGUUGCAGGAUGAACCACUAUUAUAUUAAUGGAAGCAAGUAAAACAAAAUGGUUUUUAAUAUACCUAACACUGGUCCCUCAAUGCGACCCCACCCACGGGGGCAAAAUGUUAACAUUGGUGGAUGAACAGGUUAAGGUCCACUCCCCUGUCCUCCCUCCUUCAUGGCCAGCGUGGGCUCUAACAUAAUCAAUGGAGGGACAUGUUAUUGUACUGUAAAUUCACUCAUGUAGGAGGCAGAUGGGGCAAUAAAAUUUAAAUUGGGAGGGGGGGGGGGAGAUAGUGUUCCCCUAGACACUACCCAUAUGUGGUGGUUCAGAACUGUUAAUCAUAAAUUAAAACAGGAAGGAUAUUAGCACCCUCUAGGUCCCACCCAUGGACCGUAGAUGAUAGCUAUUGUAUAUGUAAGAGUGGGACAUGCCAGUGCAAAAUAAUAAUGGUAGAUAUACCUUUGUUAAUCCCACCAACCAAUCAGAGAACUCUGGCAAUCAAGUCUUAUUUCUCACGAGCAUGGCAUGUCCCCCACAUGUAUUAUGUUAGAGCACCCACCUGCUAAUCACUGGUGGAGGUGGAUUACUGGGCAGUGGGCACUGUCUUGUCCACAUGUCAUGGUAAUAUUUUGCUCCCCUGAUGUCCCCGAGCACCCAGCAAUGAGCAUCAAAGAGCAAAAUGUUUUUCUUUUUUAUUACUUUCUUCAGUUACUGUUGGCUAAAAAGAUCUGGCCAAAUAAAAUCAAGAGGAUUCCAGCCUCAUGGCAGUGUUUGGACAGGGUAACAACCAGACACAAUCCUGGCUCUUUUGGAGCCUGAAUUGCAAUAUCCUGAUGCCUUGAUCGAUUUGGUACAUGUCCAUUUUGUAAGUAGACCCGCAGGUGUUAAAGGAGGACUGUCACUUCCCAAGAUUUUUAAUAAGAACUGUUUAAUAUCCUAUAAAAAAAAUGGUUUAGUAGGAGUUUAGGCAAUAUGCACUACAGCAUUCCACUUUCUAUUCACAUUUGUGCAGAACUGGACACAAAUUAAGAAGCUUUCCUGAUGGUUUUUGAUAACACAUAUGACUAGUUGUAUUCAUGCAUUUUCAUUAUUUCCUGUCUUGCCACAGAAGCGAGCAGCUACUGUGAAACCUUUACACAUUUUCAUUAGUAAUUUGCAUAUCCCACAAACCUUUGCAUUUUUUUACCUAUUCAACAACUUGACAUCUUGAAUCUUAAAAAACAAUCAGAUAUGCUAGGUGAUCUGAAACUGUACUUAAUGUAUGACCAGUUACAGCAAUGCUUUCUCCGUUGCUGCCAGAAAACUUUGUUCAUUUUAUAACCGCACAUAUUUUAGUUCGAAAUUUUAAAUUGGUAGUCUUAAAUUCUUCUGAUUACUGGGUAUCGUCAAACUAUUAUUUUAAAGAGGAACUGUCACUUCCCAGGAUUUUUAAUAUAAUGUUCACUUAUUCCUCUAUCUAUAAGUCUGUGCUUGAGACGUGUGAAAAAUAAAAUGAAUUUUAGAAAUCCACACAUCUCGCUAUCCUGCAACUGGGCACCUCCAUCUUGGCUUUGUCUUUUGUAUCUGGCAUUCACCAUAGAGAAAGUAUAAAGAGAAGAGUUUCUCCUGCUCAUUUGCAAUGUGUGCUUUGGCUAGUCCUGGCAUGAAUGGUAUUAUGAUUGGAUGGAUUAUCAUUUACUAAAUAUUUUAUACAAAUUUAAUAAAACACUGAGCUUCAAAGAGAUAAAAUUCCACUCCAUGGUCUCCUGGUUUUUGAGUUUUAACUCACACUUUUCCUUUACCGUUAUAUGUCCUCAUGUGUCUUUGCACUUGGGUCUUGCAAACUACUUUUUUUCUGCAUGUUUAUUAUUAUUAAUGUCCAGUUUGUCUGUCUAGAAGAUUCUAAAGCACAUAUACAAAAAUUUUGAUAUGUUCUGUUUUUCUGCAGAAAAGACUGUUCAGUGAAUGUAUCAACGUGGAGAUCGUGACACAAGGACUUGGUAAAGUAGCUCACGUUCCAAAACUAGAUGAAAACCCAAUACUUUGGAAGUUUUACAAGAGACUCUUACAAGCAGAAGUAAAGGCUCAGAACAAAGGAAAAGGCUUGUGGAAACUGGAUAGUCGGCUUGAUGUUUUGUCUAAUAAAAUGCUGAAUAAUAGUGUUGUGCAAAAGCUCAACCAUCUUACCACCUUUAUUAUGAACUACUGGAAAAAGUUCCGAACAUGAGUAUUUUAAUACCGUUUAUUGUUUUUUUGUACAUAUGUGAUAUUUAACAAUAAUAUAUGUUACAAAAGGAUAUAUUUUGAGAUAUUUGAUUUGUUUAAACAGAGACACACAGUGUCACAAACGUCAUGUAUUCUAGAAACAGCUUUGCUAAAAACAUUUUAUUGUAAAAGAUUUCCUGUUGGCACAUUGGUAAAUGCAAGACAGUUUUAUUUUUGUAUUGUAAAUUGGAUGAUUCUAAUAUGUGCAUAAAUUUCGACAAAUAGAUCAUCAAGAGGUUUGAAAAAAUAUGUAUGCUUUACUGUUUAAACUCUUAAAGGGACAUUAAGCACCAAAACCACUACAUUUUAAUGUAGUGGUUUUAAACAUAGACCCUGUACCUGCAGUGUGACAAAUGUAAGCAUUAUCGUUUGUGAGAAGUAGCAACGUUUACAUUUGUCACAAAUAUACCUCUUGUUGAUGCCAAUUAGCCACUAGCGAACCUUUCUUGUGAAGACUUUCAAUAAUUGAAAAUAUUCACAUUCAAUACCACAAUGGAUAUCAUAGAGAAGCAUUGGAUUCAGUAUUUCUCUAUAGAAGGAAUUUGAUUGCCCAGUAAUUGUUGCACAUGUCAGUGAUUGUUGCACAUGCCCCGCAGGUCCCCACUGCUUUUCUAUGAGAUGCUUUGAUUGGACCUAAAAUCAUCCAGAUAGUCUCAUUGAGGGAGGAACAACUCCCUGAUGAGGACUGCCUGGCGCAGGAUUACCAGUAGGUUUACUGGUGUUUAUUAUUUUUAUUAUUUUACUGGCAGGGGGAAACGUAUUCUAUGUAUGGUACAUUCUAACGUAACAAAUGUAUUUAUUUUUAAUGCUGGUGUUCCUUUAAGGACCUGAUUGGUUGGAUCUUAUGGUAGAAUGGAAUGUACCACUCAUUUAGCUAGUCUAUAAUGAGCUACUGAAAUUAAACUAGCAGGACAAUUUGUAUAUGCAUACGAUCUUUAUAGACUGUAUUGUGAUGAUUACAAAGAAUACAAAUUGAAAAAAUAGGACCUAACUAUAUAUAAUUGUGUAUGUGUACAUAUAUGUUGAAUACAUUUUGAUUUGCUGUUUCAAGAG